AUGGUAGCAGUUGUAAGGUGCAGGAGUCUUUGGAUUUAGCAGUCUGUGAAUUUGGAGCUGUCUCUGUUGGUACUGCUGGAAUGUAAAUGGUAGAACAGUUGUCCAUGUUCUUAUAGUGACGGUGCCUCCUUCCAUCCUGCUCACUCAUCUGUACAGGAAAAAAUACAUGUAAACCAAACUGAUUUGUAAAAUUCAGUAGGCCUACGUUGUCUAUUAUGUACAACUGCUGUACAAAGAGUUGAGUAUCACACUUUCACAAUCAAUACACAACAUCUUGAUAAUCAAUGUAGCUAAAUCACCACUUCUAUAGAUCAAAUUAAUGUCAAUGUGUAGUCUAUGAUUAGGUUACAUUAGGCUACAUUUUCUACUUCACAGAGGUAUGUUGGCAGAAUGCCCACUUAGGUUCUCGAGAUCUACUAGCUAGCUAGCUAAGGACAACCGUAGCGCUCGAGAAUCCAAGGGGGUCAUACAGUGCAUUCGGAAAGUAUUCAGACCCCUUGACUUUUUCCACAUUUUGUUAAGUUACAGCCUUAUUCUAAAAUGGAUUAAUAAAAAAUGUCCCCUCAUCAAUCUACACACAAUACCCCAUAAUGACAAAGCGAAAACAGGUUUUUAGGAAUUUUUUGCAAAUGUUAUAAAAAAUAAAUAAACGUAUUUACGUAAAUAUUCAGACCCUUUGCUAUGAGACUAGAAUUUGAGCUCAGAUGUAUCCUAUUUCCGUUGAUCAUCCAUGAGAUGUUUCUACAACUUGAUUGGAGUCCACCUGUGGUAAAUUCAAUUGAUUGGACAUGAUUUGGAAAGGCACACACCUGUCUAUAUAAGGUCCCACAGUUGACAGUGCAUGUCAGAGCAAAAACCAAGCCAUGAGGUCGAAUGAAUUGCCCGUAGAGCUCCGAGACAGGACUACUACUCACCACAGUUUAUGCACUGCAGUGCUAGCUAGCUGUAGCUUAGGCUUUCAGUGCUAGAUUCAUUCUCUGAUCCUUUAAAUGGGUGGACAACAUGUCAGUUCAUGCUGCAAGAGCUCUGAUAGGUUGGAGGACAUCCUCCGGAAGUUAUAUAAUUACUGUGUAAGUCUAUAGAAGGGGGUGAGAACCAUGAGCCUCCUAGGUUUUUUUUAUUGAAGUCAAUGUACCCAUAGGAGGACAGAAGCUAGCUGUCCUGCGGCUACACCAUGGUGCCAUCCUACAGAGUGCUGCUGAGGCUACUAUAGACCUUCAUUGCAAAACAGUGUGUGUUAAUAAAUUAUUUAGUAUAGUUUUAUCUAAAAAGGACAACUUUUUUCAUGUUUCACUAUUUUUAUGAAAUUCACGGAGGAGGAUGGUCCUCCCCUGAGGAGCCUCCACUGCCGACAUUGUCCUUUUUCCCUCAAUGAUCAAGUAGGAGGCAAUUUUAUUCAACCCGACCGCCACCCACCCGGCCUUCAUCCACACAAUAUUCAAUUACCCUAAACCUGCCUGCCCUGUGGAUAUAUCUGCGGGGACUCUGGGUUAUGUGUCAAUACACGCAUCACUAGUUCAGUCUCAGUCUCCCGCAACCAGUCCAGAGCGGAUUUUGUCAUCCCAGCUAUGACCAUACGACUACCAAUGACAGCUGGCAUUUCUGGGAAAUCAUGUUCAAAUCCAAAAACACCAGUACACACACAGUUCAGUUUGAAGUGUUUCCUGUUUCAAUGCUCUGCUAUAGUCCAGGCAACGGCUCCCACAUGGAGUUGCGUGAGUAGUGCAGCAGCGUGUAUGUGUAUACAGUUGAAGUCGGAAGUUUACAUACACCUUAGCCAAAUACAUUUAAACUCAGUUUUUCACAAUUCCUGACAUUUGAUCCUAGAAAAAAAUGCCUCUCUUAGGUCAGUUAUGAUCACCACUUUAUUUUAAGAAUUUGAAAUAUCAGAAUAAUAGUGAUGAUUUAUUUCAGCUUUUAUUUCUUUCAUCACAUUCCCAGUGGGUCAGAAGUUUACAUACACUCAAUUAGUAUUUGGUAGCAUUGCCUUUAAAUUGUUUAACUUGGGUCAAACGUUUCGGGUAGCCUUCCACAAGCUUCCCACAAUAAGUUGGGUGAAUUUUGGCCCAAUCCUCCUGACAGAGCUGGUGUAACUGAGUCAGGUUUGUAGGCCUCCUUGCUCGCACACACUUUUUCAGUUCUGCCCACAAAUGUUCUAUAGGAUUGAGGUCAGGGCUUUGUGAUGGCCACUCUAAUACCUUGACUUUGUUGUCCUUAAGCCAUUUUGCCACAACUUUGGAAGUAUGCAUGGGGUCAUUGUCCAUUUGGAAGACCCAUUUGCGACCAAGCUUUAACUUCCUGACUGAUGUCUUGAGAUGUUGCUUCAAUAUAUACACCAAAUGUUCCUUCCUCAUGAUGCCAUCUAUUUUGUGAAGUGCACCAGUCCCUCCUGCAGCAAAGCACCCCCACAGCAUGAUGCUGCCACCCCCAUGCUUCAUGGUUGGGAUGGUGUUCUUCGGCUUGCAAGCGUUCACCUUUUUCCUCCAAACAUAACGAUGGUCAUUAUGGCCAAACAGUUCUAUUUUUGUUUGAUCAGACCAGAGGACAUUUCUCCAAAAAGUACGAUCUUUGUGCAGUUGCAAACCAUAGACUGGCUUUUUUAUGGCGGUUUUGGAUCAGUGGCUUCUUACUUGCUGAGCGGCCUUUCAGGUUAUGUCGAUAUAGGACUCGUUUUACACUUGUGGAGGUCUACAAUUAUUUUUCUGAGGUCUUGGCUGAUUUCUUUUGAUUUUCCCAUGAUGUCAAGCAAAAAGGCACUGAGUUUGAAGGUAGGCCUUGAAAUACAUCCACAGGUACACCUCCAAUUGACUCUUAUGUCAAUUAGCCGAUCAGAAGCUUCUAAAGCCAUGACAUCAUUUUCUGGAAUUUUCCAAGCUGUUUAAAGGCACAGUCAAGGUAUGUAAACUUCUGACCCACUGGAAUUGUGAUACAGUGAAUUAUAAGUGAAAUAAUCUGUCUGUAAACAAUUGUUGGAAAAAUUACUUGUGUCUUGCACAAAGUAGAUGUCCUAAACGACUUGCCAAAACUAUAGUUUGUUAACAAGAAAUUUGUGGAGUGGUUGAAAAACAAGUUAUAAUGACUUCAACCUCAGUGUAUGUAAGCUUCUGACUUCAAUUGUACAUGUGUGCUUGAGUAGGGGGAAUUGUGUGUGUGUGUGUGUGUGUGUGUGUGUGUGUGUGUACAUCAGUGUUUCACAAACUAGGGGUCGUGACCCAGUGUGGGGUCGCCUGAUCGUGCUUGGCUCUUAGAAUCGGGGUUACGUCAGUAACCUCCAGUAGCCGCUAGAUGCGGUUGUAAUAAACAGCGGUUUCUGUUUUAUUCCUAUAAAUGUGGCUAUCUUUUGAACAAAUUAAGCUACAAAAUAUUAUGACCCCAUCACUGAAGUAUAACACUCUGUUUCACUCUACAUUGCCCACAAGCCACGCCGGACUCAUUAGAACAGAGUGGACAAGACCAGGCACUUAAUCAGACUGGGGGAAAAAGAACAUCAAUGAUGAUAUUCUUUUAUACACAGAAGUUCAUACAAAAUUAUUGCCUGAUGAUAUUCUGAACAUAUAGCUUUCUGAUGCAUUACAGUCACUUCAAACCAUACUUCCUUCAGAUUGAAAUACUGUCAAAAGUACUGUCAGUUUGGGAACCCCUGGUGUACAUGUAUGCAUGCGUAGGGGAGUAGUGUGUCCUCCGUUGAACUCCUUCCUCAGUCUUAUGUGGAUGAAACACUGCUCUGUUCCCACAGUGAAUCCAGAACACAACCUUAACCUCAGGACCCAGGACAGAACCUUAACCUCAGAACCCAGAACACAUCCUCAACCUCAGAACCCAGAACACAACCUCCAUUACAUCCCAUGUCUCCUGAGUGGUGCAGUGGUCUAAGGCACUGCAUCGCAGUGCUAACUGUGCCACUAGAGAUCCUGGUUCGAAUCCAGGCUCUGUCGCAGCCGGCCGCGACCGGGAGACUCAUGGGCGGCACACAAUUGGCCCAGCGUCGUCCAGGGUAGGGGAGGGAAUGGCCGGCAGGGAUGUAGCUCAGUUGAUAGAGCAUGGCGUUUGCAACGCCAGGGUUGUGGGUUCGAUUCCCACGGGGGGCCAGUAUAAUGUAUUCACUAACUGUAAGUCGCUCUGGAUAAGAGCGUCUGCUAAAUGACUAAAAUGUAAAUGUAAUGUGAUGUCUUCCUCUUCCUGGACAGGUUGCUUUCUGACUGUCCCUGGGGCCUUUCUGUCCCUCCCUCCCCUCCACUGUAGUGGUGAUUGUCCCUGAGGCCUGAAAUUAGAAGAAUUAUAAAGGGACAAACCUCUCUGUCUCAGUCUUGCCCUCUGGGCUCUGACUGCCACAGUGGUUGUGUGGGGUCCUGGUCUGAGUUCAGAGACACGUUGUUCUUAUAAGACGCUUGAUAUUUACGGUUACUUGGCAAUGGAAAGAAAAACACGUUCUGUAGUAUAUACAGUAUUUUGGUAACACUUUAUUUUAAGGAUCUGUAACAAACCAUUUAUAAGGUGUCCUCCCGAGUGGCGCAGUGGUCUAAGGCACUGCAUCGCAGUGCUAGCUGUGCCACUAGAGAUCCUGGUUAGAAUCUAGGCUCUGUCGUAGCCGGCCGCGACCGGGAGACCCAUGGGGCGGCGCACAAUUGGCCCAGCGUCGUCCAGGGUAGGGGAGGGAAUGGCUGGCAGGGAUGUAGCUCAGUUGGUAGAGCAUGGCAUUUGCAACGCCAGGGUUGUGGGUUCGAUUCCAGUAUAAAAAAUAAAAAUGUAUGCACUCACUAACUGUAAGUCGCUCUGGAUAAGAGCGUCUGCUAAAUGACUAAAAUGUAAAUGUAAAUAAGGUAUUUAAAUGGUGUGUUCACCAUUUAUUAAUCAUUACUCCCGCUUUAUAAUAAUAAUAAUAUGCCAUUUAGCAGACGCUUUUAUCCAAAGCGACUUACAGUCAUGCGUGCAUACAUUUUUUGUGUAUGGGUGGUCCCGGGGAUCGAACCCACUACCUUGGCGUUACAAGCGCCGUGCUCUACCAGCUGAGCUACAGAGGACCACAGGACCACAGAGGACCUACAGAGGACCGCUUUAAUAAACCAUAUAUUUUUGCAGUCCCUAAUGUAAAGUGAGUGCUAUUUAUACUUUAUAAACACUUUAUAAAUGGCUUAGUGACCACUGUAAUUUCUCACAAAAAGAUGGGCAUGCCAUUGGGAGACGUUCCUGCAGUACCUGGUAAAAGAGUAAGCACACAAAACAGGAUGUUUAAGGAAAUAUAUACAGUAUACAUGUGUGAAUAACUAGCUUACUAACUUUUACAAAUGUGGGAGUAAUGAUUAAUAAAUGGUGAGCAAACAGUUUGUAAAUGCCAUAUAAAUGAUUUGCUCUGGACCCUUAAAAUAAAGUGUUACCAGUAUUUGUAUUGCAUCAUCCCACAUCCCCUUCUCUUUCCCGUGAACUGUGAUGAACCAAUAACAUAGAGGGGUUGUUUUGUAAAGAAAAUAAAACUCUCCUUGUCUCCUUUUGUCUGCGGCCCGUAUUUGGCGGUGAAAUUAUAUGAAAGGCUUGGUCUACCGACCUUUAUUGUGAGGUAAUUUACUGUACCUUGCAGGACCUGCUGUGCACAUGCAUCUCUGUAAUUAUGAUUAUUAUUAUUUUUAAAUCAAACGUAAAAGGUUAUUCCCUCUCCUUCUGUAGCUCUCUCGUUCUGGGUCUCUCUCUCACACACCUCACGCUUUCGCUCUGUCUCAAUCUAUUUCUCUCUCUCUCUCUCUCUCUCUCUCUCUCUCUCUCUCUCUCUCUCUCUCUCUCUCUCUCUCUCUCUCUCUCCUCUCUCUCUCUCUCUCUCUCUCUCUCUCUCUCUCUCUCUCUCUCUCUCGUCUCUCUCCUCCUCUCUCUCUCUCUCUCUCCUCUCUCUCUCUCCUCUCCUCUUCCUCCUCCUUCUCUCUCUCUCUCUCUCUCUCUCUCUCUCUAGGUGGAUCAAGUUUGAGGAGAAGGUGGAGAAGGGAGGAGAGCGUUGGAGUAAGCCCCACGUGGCCACCUUGUCCCUUCACAGUCUGUUUGAGCUGAAGACAUGCAUCGAGAAGGGCACCAUCCUGCUGGACCUGGAAGCCUCCACUCUACCACAGGUGGUCGGUAAGACAAGUACACCUCCCAUAAGCCCCAGUAUCUCACUGUACCAGCAUACACAAAAACAUCAGCCUUUGACUGCGGUACUUUUAGAAUUGGGACGUUCCAAAACAGUGCUCUUUGAAACCAAGUGUCCUCAAUAUUGACCUUCUCUUCAUCCCCUUUUGUCUCUCUGUUAUCCUCCCCCUCUCUGUUACCCCCCCCUCUCUGUUAUCCACCCCCUCCCUCUCUGUUACCCCCCCUCUGUUACCCUCCCCCCUCUCUGUUACCCCCCUCUCUGUUACCCCCCACCUCUCUUUUACCCCCCUCUCUGUUCUCCCAACCCCGCUCUGUUUACCCCCCCUCCUCUGUUACACCGCCCCCCGUUUGCCCCCCUCUCUGUUACCCCGCCCUCUGUUAUUCCCCCCCUCUGUUACCCCUCCCUGUUACCCCGACCUCUCUGUUACCCUUCCCCCCUCUCUGUUAUCCCCCCUCUCUCGUUACCCCCCUCUCUGUUCCCGCCCCCCCGUUAACCCCCCUCUCUAUGUUACCCCCCUCUUGUUAUCCCCACUCCCUGUUAUACUCUCCCCCCCCUCUAUGUUACCCCACUCUCUGUUACCCUCCCCCCCUCUCUGUUACCCCCCCCACUCUCUGUUACCCCCUUCUUCUGUCAGAGUUGAUCACUGACAGCCAGAUCGAGAUCGGUCAGCUGAAGCCCGAGCUGAAGGAUCAGGUCAUGUACACGUUGCUACGGAAACAUCGCCACCAGACCAAGAAGUCCAACCUGCGCUCGCUUGCUGACAUAGGCAAGACGGUGUCCAGUGCAAGUAGGCUGUUUUCCAACCAAGACCAGAACGGUAAUGCAGAUGCCAGUUUGGUGCAGCCUUUUAUUUUAAUUUUUUUGCCUCCUACUUCCUACCUUGUCCCAAUCAAUUCUACCAAUCACAUAUUUUUUCCUCUGUUGGUCAUCAAUACUAUAGGAUAAGGUGUAGUGUAUGUUCAACUUUAUAUACCAUCAUUUGAGUGCAGUAAAGAUGUUAUAGGUACAUAUAUCUAGGUGGCUAUAGUUUUAACUAUUAAUAAUGUGAAUGUGACCUGCAACACUCAGGUUUACAAGAAUCCUGAUGCUUGUUUUUUUCUUCUUCAAAAUACUACUAUCUCUGAAAUGUAUUCAGACUUGCAUAUCAUAAUAUAAAGCAUGUGAUUUAAUUAUUUAUAAGACCAUAACUGUUUGGAUGGCCAUUCAAAAUAAUAUGGUACUGCAAUUUGAAGUGUGUGAGAUUGUUCUAGUUUUCUGUCUUCUAUCUGUACUCACUGUCCUGCACAGACUUACAUUCCCUCAUGUUCUCUUCACUUUUUUCCUGCCUGCCUGCCUGCCUUCCUUCCUUUCUUCCGCCACUCCAUCUCUCUCUCACCCUCUCUCUCUUUAUCUCUCUGUCUGCACUAAAGCACGCAGUCUCAAUGAUCAACCCCAGCCCUUUCCCCACUUGCACCCCCAGUCCCAACCCCAGUCUGUGCCUUAUGCAACCACGCUUGGCCCUGAGGAACCGAUAAAGGAGAUCCAAAGGAGCUCCAGCAUGCAAUACAUCAGUAAGUCAGGUCAGAACACAUUUAUAACACAUGGGAUAACUAGGUAAGUUAGGUUAUAAUGCAUUUAUAACAUGGGAUAACGGUCAGUAAUGCAUUUAUAACAUGGAUACGUCAGUAGUCAGGUCAACACAUAACACAUGGGAUAACUAGGUAAGUUAGGUUAUAAUGCAUUUAUAACACAUGGGAUAACUAGGUAAGUCAGGUUAUAAUGCAUUUAUAACAUAUGGGAUAUGGCAGUAAGUAGGGUCAGAACACAUUUAUAACACAUGGGAUACGUCAGUAAGUCAGGUCAGAACACAUUUAUAACAUAUGGGAUAUGUCAGUCAGUCAGGUUAUAAUGCAUUUAUAACAUGGGAUACGUCAGUAAGUCAGGUUAGAACACAUUUAUAACACAUGGGAUAACUAGGUAAGUUAGGUUAUAAUGCAUUUAUAACACAUGGGAUAACUAGGUAAGUCAGGUUAUAAUGCAUUUAUAACAUAUGAGAUAUGGCAGUAAGUAAUAAUAAUAAUAAUAUGCCAUUUAGCAGACGCUUUUAUCCAAAGCGACUUACAGUCAUGCGUGCAUACAUUUUUGUGUAUGGGUGGUCCCGGGGAUCGAACGCACUACCCUGGCGUUACAAGCGCCGUGCUCUACCAGCUGAGCUACAGAGGACCAGUAGGGUCAGAACACAUUUAUAACACAUGGGAUACCUCAGUAAGUCAGGUUAUAGCACAUUGGGUCCCUUUAAGUCAGGUUCUAAUGCAUUAUAACACCCUAGUGUGGGAUACUUUUGUAAGUUGGGUUAUAACACUCAUAUACAGAGUUUAUAAGAGGUUAUAACACAUACCUUGACAGUAGUCUAUGUGCCAAGACAAUUUGCGAUCCACACAUAUUGCUGAUAUGAGCAUUGAUGACUGAAAACAAUACUGUCAUGAGUAUACUCUCAUGGGAUAUCACAAUCAGUCCAACAUUUUUUUAUGUUUUUAUUUUAAAGGGCAUCAUCAAACAGCAUCUAAGUCACAGUCCUUCAUGCCCAGAGAAACAGCAAACAACCAAUUAGCUAAUGUAGACCCUACUCGGCUAUUGACCAACUUUGUCAGGUUAUCACAACUCAAACGCAAAGUCAGCCUUCUCACUGAGUCUGAUACUGCCGGCUAAAAGAGGCUAAAGGAAAAUGCCUAUCUCUCCCACCAACCCCACCAUUGACUACUAAUGCUCUAUCUGCUCUGCCGUGCCAGUGAGUGACCAGUUGGCAUCAGAUCAGUGAAAGACAGGGCACGGCAGUGGGAGAUUUCAGGCAGUAGAUCUGAUCCACUGCCUUUGGCAUCGGCCCGAAAGCUUAACUAAGCCCUUGCUGCCUUCCACAUUUAUAUUAGGCCUUGUGAAGUUUCUGUUUCUCUUCAUCUUCUGUUUCUCUUCAUCUCCUUCUCUGAGAUCAGUCUAAUCUAACUGGGUCUCUGUCUUUUCUGGGAGUUGCGCUCUACCUUUCAUCCCAGUGAGUUUGUUUGACCCCUGGGUUGUGUUCAUUAGGCACCAAACGGAAGAAAACAGACUGAAAUGGGGAAAGACUGCCUGGUCCAAUAAGAAACACUCACUUCUGUUUCAGAAAGCUUUAAAACAGUUUUCUGGUUUUUUUUGCCCUAAUGAACACGACCCUGGUGAACCCUCUCAGGUCUGGUCUUUGACCUCUGACCUCUGAUCCCACAGGUAGCCCAGCCACAGCCCAUCGGAACCUGACCUCCAACAGCCUCAAUGACUUCUCUGACCAACCAGAUAGAGACCAGGUGAGGAUAUUACUGUGUGUGUGAGAGAUCUAAGCGGGACCUUUAGGAAGCGAUGGCUGUUCUCCGGGCACUCUAAAUCUUAGCUCCCACUGUAACAAUAUGCAGGGUCAAGGAGUCGACACAGUUUGUGUGUUCCAAGAGGUGUGUGUGGGAACCAGAGCAAGGCCUCACUCUACUGAUAAAGUCUAUGAGCCUCACACACGACGAUAAGAGCCCUGACUCGCUCUCUCUUAAGUGUUUGGUAACAAUGUUGCCACUCCUCCUGAAGCCUGCUGAAACUACACAGACACAAUAACUAACUCCUGGAAUUACACUUACAACAGUAGCUAAUUUGUAAAAUUGAUCUGGCCUUUGAUAAAACACCAAGGCCUUGCUUAGUUAAUCAUCUCCUUACACCCGAGGUCUCUGGUUGCUUAAGUUUUAUGCAUUUCACUGUGACUAAGUACUCAGUGUACCACUUGGACCUUAGGUUGAAUUUAGCAGUGUAUUAAGAGAUUAAGAUUAAUAUCACUUUAGUUCCAACUGAAAUGUGACUUCCGUUUUAUCCCAACCCCUCCCAAAGACAUGCAUACAUAUACAGGUUGGAGCAGGGGGUGCCACACUGGGCGCCCGUGGAGCAGUUGUUGUGGGAGGUUAAGUGCCUAGCUCAAGGGCACAACGGCAGACAAUGGCAUCUAGGAUUUGAUACCUGCAACCCUCCAGUUUCCAGCUCACUUCCUGCCUGAUUAUUUUGUUGCUACCUCAUUCUCAUUACAUUGUAUGUAGACUGGAUCAAGUGUAUAUCAGCAAUGAACAGAAAGGGCUUUAUUAUGUCUUGUUAAUCAUACUGCUUGUGACAUAGUGACUCACAGAGCGGUAAAGAUGCUUUAAUCUGUUUCUAAAGAAGCUACCAACUGCAGUGGUGUUGCCACACAAUACAGCAUAUAAUGACUAUGUGCCGGGGACGGGCUGUACUCUGCUGCCCCAUUUCAUCCAUGCAACUGUGUACAACUUUGGGGCAUGUGACAUGUCAAUUGUUAGAGUACCUUUACUGCUCUUCUCAUACUACUUUGAUAAGGACAGUAUUUUCAAGCACCGUGUCUUUUGAAUAGAGCAACUCUUUAGAUGUGUGUCAAGGCUCAUUGCUUUCCUCCUUUUUCUUUUCUCUCACUCUAUAUUUGUGCAUGUUCCUCUCUCUCUCUCUCUCUCUCUCUCUCUCUCUCUCUCUCUCUCUCUCUCUCUCUCUCUCUCUCUCUCUCUCUCUCUCUCUCUCUCUCUCUCUCUCUCUCUCUCUCUCUCUCUCUCUCUCUCUCUCUCUAGCUGAAGAAUAAAUUGAUGAAGAAGCUUCCACGUGAUGCCGAGGCGUCUAACGUCCUGGUCGGAGGGGUGGACUUCCUGGACACACCCUUCGUGGCGUUUGUCCGUCUGCAGCAGGCUGCCAUGUUGGGAGGUCUGACAGAGGUCCCCGUCCCCACCAGGUACCCUACUGAUCGCCAUCACACCACAACUAAACAAACACAGCAAAUAUACCACAUAUCUAUCUCAUAGAUAUCUCAUAGAGGCUGAAUGGGACUCUAUUUAUAGAGUUUAGUGACCAUGAUUGGUACUGUAUUUAUAGAGACUAGUGACCAUGAUUGGUACUGUAUUUAUAGAGACUAGUGACCAUGAUUGGUACUGUAUUUAUAGAGACUAGUGACCAUGAUUGGUACUGUAUUUAUAGAGACUAGUGACCAUGAUUGGUACUGUAUUUAUAGAGACUAGUGACCAUUAUUGGUACUGUAUUUAUAGAGACUAGUGACCAUGAUUGGUACUGUAUUUAUAGAGACUAGUGACCAUGAUUGGUACUGUAUUUAUAGAGACUAGUGACCAUGAUUGGUACUGUAUUUAUAGAUACUAGUGCCCAUGAUUGGUACUGUAUUUAUAGAGACUAGUGACCACCGGUUAUAUCCAAUUAGGGCUUUUUAUUGAACAUCCUUCUGCUUUUCUCUUCAUCUCCUUUUAGGUUCCUGUUCGUGCUGCUAGGGCCCAAAGGCAAAGCCAAGUCCUACCAUGAGAUUGGACGAGCUAUUGCCACCCUCAUGUCUGAUGAGGUACGUGACCACCGUGUCCAACACGCUUAUAGAGUGCCUGGUGAAAGGCUACACACCCCUUGAACAGUUGUCACAUUUUGCUGCCUUAAAAUUUGAUCUAAAAGGGGAUGACAUUUUUUUUUCUUCCUACAGAUCUACAACUGUGUGUGUGUGUGUGUGUGUGUAUAUGCAUGUGUAUAUAUAUAUAUAUAUAUAUACAUAUACACACACACACACACACACACACACACAGUUGUAGAUCUGUAGGAAGAAAAAAAAAUGUCAUCCCCUUUUAGAUCAAAUAUAUAUAUAUAUAUAUAUAUAUAUAUAUAUAUAUAUAUAUAUAUAUAUAUAUAUAUAUAUAUAUAUAUAUAUAUAUAUAUAUAGACACACACAGUGGGGAGAACAAGUAUUUGAUACACUGCCUAUUUUGCAGGUUUUCCUACUUACAAAGCAUGUAGAGGUCUGUAAUUUUUAUCAUAGGUACACUUCAAAGAAAAUCACAUUGUAUGAUUUUUAAGUAAUUAAUUUGCAUUUUAUUUCAUGAUAUAAGUAUUUGAUCACCUACCAACCAGUAAGAAUUCCGUCUCUCACAGACCUGUUAGUUUUUCUUUAAGAAGCCCUCCUGUUCUCCACUCAUUACCUGUAUUAACUGCACCUGUUUGAACUCGUUACCUGUAUAAAAGACACCUGUCCACACACUCAAUCAAACAGACUCCAACCUCUCCACAAUGGCCAAAACCAGAGAGCUGUGUAAGGACAUCAGGGAUAAAAUUGUAGACCUGCACAAGGCUGGGAUGGGCUACAGGACAAUAGGCAAGCAGCUUGGUGAGAUGGCAACAACUGUUGGCGCAAUUAUUAGAAAAUAGAAGAAGUUCAAGAUGACGGUCAAUCACCCUCGGUCUGGGGCUCCAUGCAAGAUCUCACCUCGUGGGGCAUCAAUGAUCAUGAGGAAGGUGAGGGAUCAGCCCAGAACUACAUGGCAGGACCUGGUCUUAGACCUGAAGAGAGCUGGGACCACAGUCUCAAAGAAAACCAUUAGUAACACACUACGCCGUCAUGGAUUAAAAUCCUGCAGCGCACGCAAGGUCCCCCUGCUCAAGCCAGCGCAUGUCCAGGCCCGUCUGAAGUUUGCCAAUGACCAUCUGGAUGAUCCAGAGGAGGAAUGGGAGAAGGUCAUGUGGUCUGAUGAGACAAAAAUAGAGCUUUUUGGUCUAAACUCCACUCGCCGUGUUUUGAGGAAGAAGAAGGAUGAGUACAACCCCAAGAACACCAUCCCAACCGUGAAGCAUGGAGGUGGAAACAUCAUUCUUUGGGGAUGCUUUUCUGCAAAGGGGACAGGACGACUGCACCGUAUUGAGGGGAGGAUGGAUGGGGCCAUGUAUCACGAGAUCUUGGCCAACAACCUCCUUCCCUCAGUAAGAGCAUUGAAGAUGGGUCGUGGCUGGGUCUUCCAGCAUGACAACGACCCAAAACACACAGCCAGGGCAACUAAGGAGUGGCUCCGUAAGAAGCAUCUCAAGGUCCUGGAGUGGCCUAGCCAGUCUCCAGACCUGAACCCAAUAGAAAAUCUUUGGAGGGAGCUGAAAGUCUGUAUUGCCCAGCAACAGCCCCGAAACCUGAAGGAUCUGGAGAAGGUCUGUAUGGAGGAGUGGGCCAAAAUCCCUGCUGCAGUGUGUGCAAACCUGGUCAAGACCUACAGGAAACGUAUGAUCUCUGUAAUUGCAAACAAAGGUUUCUGUACCAAAUAUUAAGUUCUGCUUUUCUGAUGUAUCAAAUACUUAUGUCAUGCAAUAAAAUGCAAAUUAAUUACUUAAAGAUCAUACAAUGUGAUUUUCUGGAUUUUUGUUUUAGAUUCCGUCUCUCACAGUUGAAGUGUACCUAUGAUAAAAAUUACAGACCUCUACAUGCUUUGUAAGUAGGAAAACCUGCAAAAUCAGCAGUGUAUCAAAUACGUGUUCUCCCCACUGUAUAUACACACACACAUACUACAUACUACAUACGCUCACACACACAAAACACACACACACAUGCAUAUUGACGCCACACACACACACACACACACAGACAUAGACACUCUUUUACACUCUUCACAUACACUGCUGCUACUCUGUUUAUUAUCUAUCCUGAUUGCCUGGUCACUUUUACCCCUACCUACAUGUACAUAUUACCUCAACUACCUCGUACCCCUGCACAUUGACUCGGUACCGGUUCUCCUUGUGUAUAGCCUCGUUAUUGUUAUUUUAUUGUGUUACUAUUUAAUAUUUUUAUUUAGCAAAUGUUUCGUACAUUUCAACUGCAUUUUGGGGAAAGAGCUCGUAAGUACGCAUUUCACGGUAAAGUCCACCUGUUGUAUUCGGCGCAUGUGACUACAACAUUUUUAUUUGAUUUUGAACCUGCUCCACAUUUUGUGAAAAAAAUAAGUAUAGAACAUUUUCUAUAAUAAAAUUGAUUUUGUAUAUGUCUUCACACCCCAGAGUUAAUACUUGGUAGAAGCUACCUUUGACCGCAAGUAGAGCUGUAAAUCAUUUUGUGUAAGAUUCUGCCAACUUUGCACAACUCUUAGGGAAACAUAUAUCCAUUGAUUUUGUCAAAAUUGCUCAAGCUUAGUAAAUUUGGUCAGGAAUCAUUGAUGGACAGCAAUAUUCAAACUUUAUCUCUGAUUUUCAAGCAGAUUUAAGUCAGGACUGAGACUGGACCCCUCCAGUUAACCAUACUGCACCUGACUCACGUUCCCACAGGUCAUAGCCACACCCCUUGCCUCUAUCCACACUGAUGGAAUUAGAGAGGGACUUUCCCCCCCAGGAUUUCCUUAAGUUACAGUUGAACUAAAUCGUCAGCAUCCCUGUGAACGCUCAGUCCCAUGGAGAGCUUUAUCUGACUGACUGUGGCUCUGAGUGAUCCGACCUGGCCUGGGUGGCCCAACACUCUGUCUGAGAUUUACAGAGAUACUCUGGGGGCAAUAAGAUAUAAUGGCAAAUGGCUUAUAUAGAUGGGAUAAGUGAUUACAAACACACCAUCUGGAAGUGAUGAUGAUUGGGGAUAAUGAUAAUGAUUGGGAUCCAAUUACUCACAAUAUCAGGAAGAGGCAAGUGUGAAACAAGAAAUGAUUAGUUGUGUGCUGGUGUUGAUGUUAACAUGGUUUCUGAUUGGUUGUGUUGUGGUCAGGUGAUCCAUGACAAGGACAGACAGGACCUGCUGUGGUUUUCAUUGGUUAUGUGGGGAAGUGACAUAGCUGAUGUUGAUGUUAACAUAGUUUAUGAUUGGUUGUGUGCUUGUGUUGAUGUUACCUUGGUUUCUGAUUGGUUGUGUGGGGUCAGGUGUUCCAUGACAUUGCCUACAAGGCCAAGGACAGACAGGACCUGCUGGCGGGCAUUGAGGAGUUCCUAGAUGAGGUUAUCGUCCUACCUCCUGGGGAGUGGGACCCUGACAUCAGGAUAGAACCUCCCAAGUCCCUGCCCUCCUCAGACAAGAGGUACAGUACUGCCACAGACACCUCUAGUCCUAGUACAGUUGCAUAAUUCUGUAAAUUGUCCUAGUUCCAGAAAAUAACUUAAAUUGUGCAUGUUUCCUUGGGUGCUCAUGAUGGACCUUCAGCAAUGUGUUGGAGAGUGAUGUCUGUGGGUUAACCUGCUGUGUGUGACUGUAUAGGAAGAAUCAGUAUAAUGCUGGAGGCGGAGGGGAUGGGCCCCAGAUGAACGGGGACACGCCGGGACAUGACGGGGGUCAAGGAGGAGGAGGGGGACAUGGACAUGUUGGAGAAGAGCUCAUGAACACUGGAAAGUAAGGAUGACACUGUUCAUUACCACUAGCCUAGUCCAUAGCGUAGUAUUGAAUAACAGAGCAGUUUUCAACUGUUGCCAAUACCAUCCAGUGGAGGCUGCUGAGGGGAGGAUGGCUCAUAAUAAAGGAGUAUAUGGAAUGGCAUCAAACACAUGGAAACCAUGCAUUUGAUACCAUUCCAUUUAUUCCGCUCCAGCCAUUACCACGUGCCCGUCCUCCCCAAUUAAGGUGCCACCAACCUCCUGUGAUACCAACAUGUAGUACAGUGACAAAAUGUCACUCAGCAGGGCCUCAACUCUCGCUGGUAUUAGUGCUAAAAUAAUGUACUAUAACACUAAAGAAUUCCAUUGAAAAGCAUGAGCUGGCUCACACCCAAAUUAGUUAGUAGAGGUGCUGACUAACAGCGAGUAAACUGUAGGCUAUGAAAAUAAAGACAGUCACAGGCUAUAUACAGUACAAGCGCCCAGUAAGUUAUUGGGUAAACCACCAACGGUUCGGCAUCACUGUGCCUUCUUCAGGGUGAAAGUAUUUCAGAAAAUAACACCUCAGGUGUGUGGCCAAAACAAGCCACUAUUUACCGUUGCCUUUUAGUUACGCUAUGUGCCAGACACUGAUUUGUGAUGAGACGGCAUCCUUAGUAGUCUCGUAAAGCAGACAUAGCUACGCUCACCAAAACAGAAUGGGGAUCAUAGCAAUCCGUCUGCUUUAUGAGGCUACAUCUUUAGAUUAUUUGCCAAUAAUAAAGACUUUAUGGCAUAAAUGGAGCUGUCACAUUUUCAUUGUUAAGGUUUUGCGGCGGCCUCAUCCUGGACAUCAAGCGAAAGCUGCCGUUCUUCGCCAGUGAUUUCUACGACGCCAUUCACAUCCAGUCGCUGUCCGCCAUCUUGUUCAUCUACCUGGGCACCGUGACCAACGCCAUCACCUUCGGCGGGUUGCUAGGAGAUGCUACGGAAAACAUGCAGGUGAGUCUGUCUCUGUUUUCUCUUCUCGAAACAGAAGCAGUUGAAAGAAGUAAAACAAAUAUCUAAUUCAAGCAUAACUGAAUGGAAGUAAUGGCAAAGACUUGACUGUGUCCUGAUUCUCCACCCUUUUAACAAAGUGUGCACUUUAAUACUUUCUGACAUGGAUAUAAAAUCAUUGGAUUGGUGUAAUCAUUGGCUAGUGUGAGUUUCCACCAUUGUUAAAUCCAUGACCAGCAUAUUGUCGCUGUCUGAUGAAAACCUUGUAACUACAUAACUCCCCUAAAUGUACUCUGAACAUUUCAAGACUCUAGGACCAAGACAAUGUAUUCAAAAUAGCUUCUGAAGUUUGGUUAUUGUAUGUUCGUUAAUGGUAAAAUAUGGCAAUUUUUUUAAAUUUCCUGAAAAGUUGGUAUGUUUUGGAGAGGUUUUUCAUCAGACAGUGAAGAUAUAUUUUUAUCGCUAUGUGAUCUGACCAGGUGACAUGAUUAGGGAGAACUCCUGACCCUAAAAACACACAUGCACAGCCUCCCCCCGGAUGUGUCGGUCAAGGAAGGCAUGCACAGGGAGGGCUGGCCUGAUGGGAUUUGGCUGCUCUGGAAAUAACCACAGAUCCAGAUUACUCAGCUAGCCUCGUCACUGCCCCAUCUCCCCCUCCCCCAUCCUCCCCAUUGCAUGAGAGAAGGGGAAGGGAAUCCCUCCCCUGACCUCUGACCUUUCCCAGAAGCCUUAGCUGUCCAAGCCACAGGAGCACAGUGUUCCAGGUAGCGCAGCUCUGAUCCUGCAUCCCAGCUGUCCACUGUCUCCCACCCAGGCCUGGAUAUGCUGUGGAAAAGACACCUAGUAAAAACACAUGAUCUCACAAUGUGAACUUGAACAGGGCUGUCUGUCCUGAUGGGCCAGUAUAACAGCUCUGUGUGUGUUUCUGGAGCUGUGUGAUGGGGGAAAUGGAGAUCUUGCUGAAUCGGCAGAUUGAUAUCAUGAUGUGGUUAGCUUCAAGACAAUUGCACACUUGACAAUUUCCAGUUCCCAUACAUACACAGAAGCUAAAUGUAUUUCUUUAGAUUAUAACAAAUGUGACCAUAUGCUUCCUUUUAUUUGUGAGGGUAAGGUACCAGAGCAGUAGUUUGGAACCAGACCUUGCCGCCAGUCUUCCACCAAUUGCUCUCCGGUCCAGUCCCACUUGGUUUAGACAUAUGCAACAGUGGGUUGGAAUGUGGCCAUCACAGUUUACUCUGUAUCCUUGACCUUUAACCCCACCAAGACACCCCACUAACACUUUCCAUGGAUUUGGGACAAACAUAUCCAUCUGCGUGUCUUUAUGUCUGUCUCUAUCUGUAUACUUUGACUCACCAGCCCCUUUGUGUCUCCUCUCCUGUUUUCCAGGGUGUGUUGGAGAGUUUCCUGGGCACGGCACUGACGGGGGCCAUAUUCUGCCUGCUGGCUGGCCAGCCUCUCACCAUCCUCAGCAGCACAGGUCCUGUACUGGUGUUUGAAAGGCUCCUCUUCAACUUCAGCAAGUGAGCUCUCUCACUUCUGCAUUAUGAGCACCACAUAUAUUGAUACUUCAUCUCUCUCUCACUCACUCACUCACUCAAUUAAUUAAAUGAAAUUUAAAUUCAAAGGGCUUUAUUGGCAUGAGAAACAUAUGUUUACAUUGCCAAAGGAAGUUAAAUGGAUAAUAAACAAAAGUGAAAUAAACAAUAGAAAAUGAACAGUAAACAUUACACUCACAAAAGUUUCAAAGGAAUAGAGACAUUUCAAAUGUCAUAUUAUGACUAUAUACAGUGUUGUAACGAUGUCUCUAUGUCUGUCUGUCUAUCGCUCUGUCUGUCUCUGUCUGUUUCUCUGUCACGUUCUCUCUCUCUCUCUCUCUCUCUCUCUCUGUGUGUGUCUGUCUCUCUCUCUCUGUGUGUCUGUCUCUCUCUCUGUCUCUCUUAUAUUUAAAUGACCAAACAUUAGGAACACCUUCCUGGAUGUCCUUUAGGUGGUGGACCAUUCUUGAUACACACAGGAAACUGUUGAGCGUGAAAAACCAGGCAGAGUUGCAGUUCUUGACACAAACCAGUGCGCCUGGCACCUACUACCAUACCCUGUUUAAAGGCAUUUACAUGUUUUGUCUUGUCUAUUCACCCUCUGAAUGGCACACAUGCAUAAUCUAUGUCUCAAUUGUCUCAAGGCUUAAAAAUCAUUUUUUUACCUGUCUCUUCCCCUUCAUCUACACUGAUUGAAGUGGAUUUAACAAGUUACAUCAAUAAGGGAUCAUAGCUUUCACCUGGAUUCACCUGGUCUAUGUCAUGGAAAGAGCAGGUGUUCUUAAUGUUUUGUAUACUCAGUGUAUGUGUCUGUGAGAGAAUUCAAUAGAAGUAAAACAAAUUAGCAGCUAUAAUGGUCCUAGGGAUGUUUUCAGAGUUGGACUGUUGUUGUGAGGAUUACCAGUGGUAGAGUAUGUGGAAGUGGCUCAAGGGUUACCAUGGUGCCCUCCAAAUAUCCUAACCCCAACCCCAACCACAUGUGUUUAGUGUUCCUUUUGGGCAGCGCAACAUGUUGCUUUUUGAUUGACAACCUCUGGCUUCCUGUUUCCUUAAAAAAAAAAAUUGAGUUAAAGAAAAAAAAACGAUACUGAACAAAUAUAUAAAAGCAACAUGCAACAAUUUCAACGAUUUAACGAGAUACAGUUCAUAUAAGGAAAUCAAUCAAUUGAAAUUAAUUAAUUAAGCCCUAAUCUAUGGAUUUCACAUGACUGGGCAAGGGCGCAGGCCAUGGUUGGGCCUGGGAGGGCAUAGGCCCACCCACUUGGGAGCCAGGCCCACCCACUGGGAAGCCAGGCCCAGCCAAUCAAAUUGGAGUUUUUCCCCCACAAAAGGGCUUUAUUACAGGCAGAAAUACUCCUCAGUUUCGUCAGCUGUCCGGGUGGCUGGUCUCAGACGAUCCCGCAGGUGAAGAUGCCGGAUGUGGAGGUCCUGGGCUGGCAUGGUUACACGUGGUCUGCGGUUGUGAGGCUGGUUGGACGUACUGCCAAAUUCUCUAAAACGACGUUGGAGGCGGCUUAUGGUCGAGAAAUGAACAUACAAUUCUCGGGCAACAGCUCUGGUGGAAGUUCCUGCAGUCAGCAUGCCAAUUGCACACUCCCUCAACUUGACAUCUGUGGCAUUGUGUUGUGUGACAAAACUGCACAUUUUAGAGUGGCCUUUUAUUGUCCCCAGCACAAGGUGCACCUGUGUAAUGAUGAUGCUGUUUAAUCAGCUUCUUGAUAUGCCACACCUGUCAGAUGGAUGGAUUAUCUUGGCAAAGGAGAAAUGCUCACUAACAGGGAUGUAAACAAAUUUGUGCUCAAAAUUUGAGAGAAGCUUUUUGCGCAUAUCGAACAUUUCUGGGAUCUUUUAUUUUAGCUCAUGAAACAUGGGACUAACACUUUACCUGUUGCAUUCAUAUUUUUGUUCAGUAUAAUAAUUCUCAUGAUAGACAUAAACAAUACAGUGAGGGAAAAAAGUAUUUGAUCCCCUGCUGAUUUUGUACGUUUGCCCACUGACAAAGAAAUGAUCAGUCCAUCAUUUUAAUGGUAGGUUUAUUUGAACAGUGAGAGACAGAAUAACAACAACAAAAUCCAGAAAAACGCAUGCCAAAAAUGUUAUAAAUUGAUUUGCAUUUUAAUGAGGGAAAUAAGUAUUUGACCCCCUCUCAAUCAGAAAGAUUUCUGGCUCCCAGGUGUCUUUUUAUACAGGUAACGAGCUGAGAUUAGGAGCACACUCUUAAAGGGAGUGCUCCUAAUCUCAGCUUGUUACCUGUAUAAAAGACACCUGUCCACAGAAGCAAUCAAUCAAUCAGAUUCCAAACUCUCCACCAUGGCCAAGACCAAAGAGCUCUCCAAGGAUGUCAGGGACAAGAUUGUAGACCUACACAAGGCUGGAAUGGGCUACAAGACCAUCGCCAAGCAGCUUGGUGAGAAGGUGACAACAGUUGGUGCGAUUAUUCGCAAAUGGAAGAAACACAAAAUAACUGUCAAUCUCCCUCGGCCUGGGGCUCCAUGCAAGAUCUCACCUCGUGGAGUUGCAAUAAUCAUGAGAAUGGUGAGGAAUCAGCCCAGAACUACACGGGAGGAUCUUGUCAAUGAUCUCAAGGCAGCUGGGACCAUAGUCACCAAGAAAACAAUUGGUAACACACUACGCCGUGAAGGACUGAAAUCCUGCAGCGCCCGCAAGGUCCCCCUGCUCAAGAAAGCACAUAUACAGGGCUGUCUGAAGUUUGCCAAUUAACAUCUGAACGAUUCAGAGGAGAACUGGGUGAAAGUGUUGUGGUCAGUUAAGACCAAAAUGGAGCUCUUUGGCAUCAACUCAACUCGCCAUGUUUGGAGGAGGAGGAAUGCUGCCUAUGAGCCCAAGAACACCAUCCCCACCGUCAAACAUGGAGGUGGAAACAUUAUGCUUUGGGGGUGUUUUUCUGCUAAGGGGACAGGACAACUUCACCGCAUCAAAGGGACGAUGCACAGGGCCAUGUACCGUCAAGUCUUGGGUGAGAACCUCCUUCCCUCAGCCAGGGCAUUGAAAAUGGGUCGUGGAUGGGUAUUCCAGCAUGACAAUGACCCAAAACACACGGCCAAGGCAACAAAGGAGUGGCUCAAGAAGAAGUACAUUAAGGUCCUGGAGUGGCCUAGCCAGUCUCCAGACUUUAAUCCCAUAGAAAAUCUGUGGAGGGAGCUGAAGGUUCGAGUUGCCAAACGUCAGCCUCGAAACCUUAAUGACUUGGAGAAGAUCUGCAAAGAGGAGUGGAACAAAAUCCCUCCUGAGAUGUGUGCAAACCUGGUGGCCAACUACAAGAAACGGCUGACCUCUGUGAUUACCAACAAGGGUUUUGCCACCAAGUACUAAGUAAUGUUUUGCAAAGGGGUCAAAUACUUAUUUCCCUCAUUAAAAUGCAAAUCAAUUUAUAACAUUUUUGACAUGCGUUUUUCUGGAUUUUUGUUGUUAUUCUGUCUCUCACUGUUCAAAUAAACCUACCAUUAAAAUUAUAGACUGAUCAUGUCUUUUUCAGUGGGCAAAUGUACAAAAUCAGCAGGGGAUCAAAUAUUUUUUCCCUCACUGUAUGAAUAUAAUCUGCGAUCAUACUUUAGCCAUUGUUUUGGGCUCAAUUUGUAUCUGGAACAAACCAUUUUAUUCACAGUAACAAACAAACUGCCCUUGGUUCCGUUGCCAGGCUGAUUGUCCCUUCAUUUCCCCUGCGUCCUGCUCGCUACUUCCUACUUCCUUGUCUGAAUGGGGUCACUGGUUUCAGACCUGCUCCCACACGGACCAGACCAGAGCAGAAUUCUCUUCUCUUCUUUCUCCUCUCUCUUCUCUCUCUUCUUUCUCUUCCUCCUUACCACACCUUCUCAUGCCAUCCCAGAGAGUAGACCGUCUUCUAGCGUUACAUUACAGACAACACUGUUAUGUUCCGUUAUGAAUCAUUUACAUUAAUUUAAUGUCACACCGUGAAUGGAGACUACCAACGCUGAGCCGACGGCGCCAUGUUUCCUCGGGUCGGGUCUGAGCCUAUGCCACCAUGCCCUCCACUGCUUUGUGUGCUGGAUUUACAGCCUCCAUCUGUCUUUCUGUCUGUACUCUGAUACACACAAAACACGCAUACAUGCUGUGAAAACAUUGAUAUUUGGAUAGGAACUUCCAAGUGCCUUGGAAGGGACUUCCGGGUUCAAUAAAGGUUAAUACAUUAAUAUUAAACCAUGGUUCUACCAUCUCUCCGACCUCUCCCGCUACAGAGACCAUGACUUUGACUACCUGGAGUUCAGGCUGUGGGUCGGCCUGCUCUUAGAGUACCUAACCAUGGUCGUACCUUCACUCUCUCUCUCUCCCCUCCAGAGACCGUGACUUUGACUACCUGGAGUUCAGGCUGUGGGUCGGCCUGCUCUUAGAGUACCUAACCAUGGUCGUACCUUCACUCUCUCUCUCUCCCCUCCAGAGACCGUGACUUUGACUACCUGGAGUUCAGGCUGUGGGUCGGCCUGCUCUUAGAGUACCUAACCAUGGUCGUACCUUCACUCUCUCUCUCUCCCCUCCAGAGACCGUGACUUUGACUACCUGGUGUUCAGGCUGUGGAUCGGCCUGCUCUUAGAGUACCUAACCAUGGUCGUACCUUCACACUCUCUCUCUCCCCUCCAGAGACCAUGACUUUGACUACCUGGAGUUCAGGCUGUGGAUCGGCCUUUGGUCAGCCUUCUUCUGCCUGGUGCUGGUUGCCACAGAUGCCAGCUCCCUGGUCAAGUACUUCACACGCUUCACAGAGGAGGGCUUUUCUUCCCUCAUCUCCUUCAUCUUUAUCUACGACGCCUUCAAGAAGAUGCUGAAGCUGGCCCACUACAACCCCAUCAACGCUGACUAUGACCCCAACUACGUCACAACGUACGACUGCCGCUGCAUGCCCCCACCGGACGACGGUACGCUGAUCAACACUGUGCUCAUUUGCUGUUUUGUAGUUUAAACCAAUCAGAUCAGGAAGUGCUAAUGAUUAAGGUGGCCCUGUCCAGGUGACAACAGGGGUGUAGCUACCGAAGAGGGUUUGGCCCAUAUACAUUUAAUCUCUUUAUGGUUCUGUGGUUUGGCCUGUGUUUCUUGGGCUCUCAAAUUGCUCUAACUUUUUGUCGGUGAACUCACGUCCCAUUGCUGUCGGUAUAGUCCAGAAAACAAACAUUACACAAUUUUUCGCAGUAUUUUAACUGGAGAUAAUCACAUGGUCCAAGUAUGUGUUCACUUAAGAGAUAUCACCGUGUACUCUCUCAACAGUUUUAUCAGGUCCUGUUUAGUGAGCAACUUGGCAGGUUUCUGUGGUUGGGAUGAGAUGUGGUGACUGAGCCAAACUAGCGUUAAGAUUUAUCCUCAGAGGCUCGGAGUAAAGAUAGACCACAGGCUGUCGUUUUUAAUGGAGACAAAUGAGUCAUAGUGGGCAGAACAAGCAAGGAGGUGGGCAGAGCUAACCACGAGCUAGCGAGAUCCUAUUGGCGCGUUCUAGCAUAUAUCUGCAUAUUUCCGUUUGGGAAGUGCGUGGGUGCAAUAACUCAAUUCGCCUUUGCACUCCUUCUAAACAACGUGAUUUAAAAAAACAGUUGCAAAGGGUUUAGUCUACAAAAUGUUGUCCGCUCUGUUCAUAACAGAUUAUAGUUUUGGGAACAGAAAACUGUAUCGAGAUCAAAUGUUACAUCGAUGACAACAUUUGCAGAAUGCCGGCCAGUGGGCUUCCUCUCACUACGAUAUUUGGUGAAAUAUCUGUCUCAUUGUUCUAUCUGUGGUAACACAACUAUUACCUCUCUCCUUUGACAAUUCAGACAAAAGGCUAGUGCUUAAAACUCAAAGAAAAAUGCACAUUAUAGUUUUGACAAGUGCCCCGUAAAGUGGUUUUGUGGAGACCUCAAUGUUGUUUGUUUCCAUCCAGGCAAUAUGACGGGUCUCUAUAGCGAUGCCUCUGCCUGGAUAAACAAUGCUGAUCUGGUAAGCAGUGGUCACUUGAGUGUUUCUUCUCUGACAGCCAUAUCUUCUUCAGUCACAAGAAGGUCCGAAGGAAAUCUAUAUUUCUGAGUGUGUCUCAGACAGGAAUGUGUCUGAGCUGGUGUGCGUUCAUUAGGUUAUGACAGUGUUAUCCAUCAACAAUACAGACGCAUUGUUGAUGGACAACACUAUCGUUACCUGAUUUGAAAUUAGAUCAAUAUUUCUAUCAAUAGUAAAGUUGUUUCUUUCACUUAUGUUGUGAAAUGUUUUUUGCUGGUUUUAGGAGCUUCUGUAUGUACUUAUUCAGUUUAACCUGUAGUCAUGACGAAUGACGUAAUGGUUUUGUCUGUGUGUGCUUGUAUUUGUCUGUGUCUGUCUCUCCCGUAGUCGGUAAACGCCACAUGGGAGUCUCUCGACAAGAAGCAGUGUGUGGUGUACGGCGGCGAGCUGAUUGGUCCAGCCUGCGGCUUCAUCCCUGACGUCACUCUGAUGUCAUUCAUCCUUUUCCUGGGGACCUACACCUGCUCCAUGUCUCUCAAGAAGUUCAAGUUCAGCCGCUUCUUCCCCACCACCGUGAGUAACUGACAGCCCCUACCGCCAGUCACAUUUCAGGAUCUGUGACAGCCCCGUUGGCCAAUCAUGUUUCAGGAUCCGAGUUUGGUUGAUUUUUCAAAAGGGAAAGGGGCGAAAGAAUUUGAAACGUCAAAACAUUGUGUAGGCAAUACAAUCAGGUUAUUGUGCAGACAUUUACAGAUGGGGUUGAUUUUACAGAAGUCAUAUGCUAGGCCUCUAUACCUACUGCAUGACUUUCCUACCAUAUCUUUACCUUCUAUUUUUUCUUGGCAAAUUUCCAUGAGCCAUGUUUGGGUUCAGUGGAGUGAAAUCUGAGGAACAAUCAACCCCCCCCUCCCGACAGCCCUGACCCUUUGAUCCGGUUAGCAUCCACUGAGCUGCUGGUAUUCCAGGUUUCAUUACAUUGCGAUGUGUCAUGAUGUACAGCACAUCGCUCUAUACCCCCCUGCUCCCUCCUCCUUGCUGUGACAUUCUCAAGUUAUUCGAUAGGCUCCGAUGUCAAUGAGAGUCUUAGCAGGAAGGUCAGAUGUCACUCUCUCUGACACUGUUUAAGGUGCUAUGUAUCAACCAAACUAACACCUACACUUGCACUUCAGUGUAUCCUAAUGUCAUAAAACACACACACAAACCUAGUGGAUACAGAUGCUGUGUAUUAACCCCACACUUCACACCAACAUUAAACAACUACACUUGCACCUCAUGUAUCCUAAAACACACGAAGAGCCUGAUAUAUGAGAAGUAGUACUCAUCUCUGUCUUGCCUAUUGAAGAUCCACCCACUUCCGCUUGUCCUCAUUCAAACACACACAUUAGUUACCUUGCCUUUUAGAUAAUAACUUAAAAGAUCAUAUGGACAGGUGGGACCUGAUCCUAGAUCAGCACUCCUGACUGUGAGAGGCUUUUUGAAUACAGGCCCAGAGCAAGGCUCACUUCACCCUGCUCGUCGCUCCUCUCUCUGCCAACUGCCUUAUCUGCUCUGCAUCUCACGGCAUGGCUGGCUGUUACAGUACAGCCCGGCAGGACCAUAGAUGUUAAAAUACCACUCAUUCAUUUCCCCAUGGGAGGGACAGGGAGGGAGGGCUGAACUUUCCCAGGAGGCCAUGCACUGUAGCUUUCCUCCAUAACACAGGCCAGGCCAGGGAGGGCCCUGUGGGACAUCGUAAAGGCUUUGAACUGUUGGUUAUUGCACAACAUGAGUCCAGUAUCAGGUUUAGGGGAUUUAUGUUGGGUCAGUCAGUGUUUGAUGAUGCCUGCUACUUCUUUACUGUAUGGCUAUAUUUAUGGAGGUAUAGUGGCUUGCGAAAGUAUUCACCCCCUUUGGCAUUUUUCCUAUUUUGUUGCCUUACAACCUGGAAUUAAAAUUGAUUUUUUUGGGGUUUGUAUCAUUUGAUUUACACAACAUGCCUACCACUUUGAAGAUGCAAAAUAUUGUUUGGGGUGAAACAAACAAGAAAUAAGACAAAAAAACUGAAAACGUGAGUGUGCAUAACUAUUCAAGCUCUAUAAGCUUGGCACAUCUAGCCACUGGGAUUUUUGCCCAUUCUUCAAGGCAAAACUGCUCCAGCUCCUUCAAGUUGGAUGGGUUCCGCUGGUGUACAGCAAUCUUUAAGUCAUACCACAUAUCAAUUGGAUUGAUGUCUGGGCUUUGACUAGGCCAUUCCAAGACCUUUAAAUGUUUCCCAUUAAACCACUCGAAUGUUGCUUUAGCAGUAUGCUUAGGGUCAUUGUCCUGCUGGAAGGUGAACCUCCGUCCCAGUCUCAAAUCUCUGGAAGACUGAAACGGGUGUCUCUCAAGAAUUUCCCUGUAUUUAGCGCCAUCCAUCAUUCCUUCAAUUCUGACCAGUUUCCCAGUCCCUGCCGAUGGAAAAACAUCCCCACACAGGGAUGGUGUUCUCGGGGUGAUGAGAGGUGUUGGGUUUGCACCAGACAUAGCAUUUUCCUUGAUGGCCAAAAAGCUAAAUUUUAGUCUCAUAUGACCAGAAUACCUUCUUCUAUAUGUUUGGGGAGUCUCCCACAUGCCUUUUGGCGAACACCAAAUGUGUUUGCUUAUUUUUUUCUGGCAUCUCUUCUGUAAAGCCCAGCUCUGUGGAGUGUACGGCUUACAGUGGUCCUAUGGACAGAUACUCCAAUCUCCGCUGUGGUGCUUUGCAGCUCCUUCAGGGUUAUCUUUGGUCUCUUUAUUGCCUCUGAUUAAUGCCCUCCUUGCCUGGUGCGUGAGUUUUGGUGGGCGGCCCUCUCUUGGCAGGUUUGUUGUGGUGCCAUAUUCUUUCAUUUUUUUAAAUAAUGGAUUUAAUGGUGCUCCGUGGGAUGUUUAAAGUUUCUGAUAUUUUUUUAUAACCCAACCCUGAUCUGUACUUCUCCACAACUUUGUCCCUGACCUGUUUGGAGAGCUCCUUGGUCUUCAUGGUGCCCCUUGCUUAGAGGUGUUGCAGACUCUGGGGCCUUUCAGAACAGGUGUAUAUAUACUGAGAUCAUUAGAUUGCACACAGGUGGACUUUAUUUAACUAAUUAUGUGACUUCUGAAGGUAAUUGGUUGCACCAGAUCUUAUUUAGGGGCUUCAUAGCAAAGGGGGUGAAUACAUAUGCACGCACCACUUUUCCGUUAUUUAUUUGUUAGGAUUUUUUGAAACAAAUUAUUUUUUUCAUUUCACUUCACCAAUAUUGACUAUUUUGUGUAUGUCCAUUUACAUGAAAUCCAAAUAAAAAUACAUUUAAAUUACAGGUUGUAAUUCAACAAAAUAGGAAAAAUGUCAAGGGGAUGAAUACUUUUGCAAGGCACUGUAUGAGCUAAAUGAUACUGUAUAGUGCAAUAAUUUAACACUUAUUUACAUAUAGAACACAUACAGUAUAUAUACAGUGCCUUCAGAAAGUAUUCACACCUCUUGACUUUUCCAACAUUUUGUUCUGUUACAGCCUAAAUUUGAAAUUGAUUAAAUUUAGAUUUUUUGGUCACUGGCCGACACACAAUACCCCAUAAUGGCAAAGUGGAAUUAUGUUUUUGUUUUUUUUAAUUUACAAAUUAAUUACAAAUGAAAAGCGGAAAUGUCUUGAGUCAAUAUGUAUUCAACCCCUUUGUUAUGGCAAGCCUAAAUAAGUUCAGGAGUAAAGAUUUGCUUAACAAGUCACAUGAUAAGUUGCGUGGACUCACUCUGUAUGCAAUAAUAGUGUUUAACAUGAUUUUUGAAUGACUACUUCAUCUCUGUACCCCACACAUACAAUUAUCUGUAAGAUCCCUCAGUCGAGCAGUGAAUUUCAAACACAGAUUCGACCACAAAGACCAGGGAGGUUUUGGGACGAAGAUGGGAAGUAAAAAACACAGACAUUGAAUAUCCCUUUGAGCAUGGUGAAGUUAUUGAUUACACAUUGGAGGGUGUAUCAAUACACCCAGUCACUACAAAGAUACAGGUGUCCUUCCUAACUCAGUUGCCAGAGAGGAAGGAAACCGCUCAGCGAUUUCACCAUGAGGCCAAUGGUGACUUUAAAAGGGUUACAGAGUUUAAUGGCUGUGAUAGGGGAAAACUGAGGAUGGAUCAACAACAUUCUAAUUACUCCACAAUACUAACCUAAAUGACAGAGUGAAAAGAAGGAAGCCUGUACAGAAUACAUUUUUUCCAAAACAUUCAUCCUGUUAGCAACAAGACACAAAAGUAAUACUGCAAAAAAUUUGGCAAAGUAAUUAACUUUUUGUCCUGAAUACAAAGCGUUAUGUUUGGGGUAAAUCCAAUACAACACAUUACUGAGUACCACUCUCCAUACAUUCAAGCAUGGUGGUGACUGCAUCAUGUUAUGGGUAUACUUGUAAUUGUUAAGGACUGGGAUAAAAAAUUAACAGAAUGGAGCUAAGCACCGGCAAAAUCCUAGGAGACAACCUGGUUCAGUCUGCUUUCCACCAGACACUGGGAGAUGAAUUCACCUUUCAGCAGGACAAUAACCUAAAACACAAGGCCAAAUUUACACUGGAGUUGCUUACUAAAAAGACAGUGAAUGUUCUUGAGUGGCCGAGUUACAGUUUUGACUUAAAUCUGCUUGAAAAUCUAUGGCAAGACUUGCAAAUAGUUGUCUAGCAAUGAUCAACAACCAAUUUGACAGAGCUUGAAAAUGUUUGAUAAUAAUAAUGUGCAAAUAUUGUACAAUCCUGGUGUGCAAAGCUCUUGGAGACUUACAUAGAAAGACAGCUGUAAUCGCUGCCAAAGGUGAUUCUAACAUUUAUUGACUUUGGGGUGUGAAUACUUAUGUAAAUGAUAUAUAUUUCUGUAUUUCAUUUUCAAGAAGUUUGCAAAAAUUCUAAAAACAUACUUUUACUUUGUCAUUAUGGGGUAUUGUGUGUAGAUGGGUGUGAACAAAAAUAUAUUUAAUCCAUUUUGAAUUCAGGCUGUAACACAACAAAAUGUAGAAUAAAGUCAAGGGGUAUGAAUAUAUGUACAGUGGGGAGAACAAGUAUCUGAUACACUGCCGAUUUUGCAGGUUUUCCUACUUACAAAGCAUGUAGAGGUCUGUAAUUUUUUAUCAUAGGUACACUUCAACUGUGAGAGACGGAAUCUAAAACAAAAAUCCAGAAAAUCACAUUGUAUGAUUUUUAAGUAAUUAAUUUGCAUUUUAUUGCAUGACAUAAGUAUUUGAUCACCUACCAACCAGUAAGAAUUCCGGCUCUCACAGACCUGUUAGUUUUUCUUUAAGAAGCCCUCCUGUUCUCCACUCAUUACCUGUAUUAACUGCACCUGUUUGAACUCGUUACCUGUAUAAAAGACACCUGUCCACACACUCAAUCAAACAGACUCCAACCUCUCCACAAUGGCCAAGACCAGAGAGCUGUGUAAGGACAUCAGGGAUAAAAUUGUAGACCUGCAAAAGGCUGGGAUGAGCUACAGGACAAUAGGCAAGCAGCUUGGUGAGAAGGCAACAACUGUUGGCACAAUUAUUAGUAAAUGGAAGAAGUUCAAGAUGACGGUCAAUCACCCUCGGUCUGGGGCUCCAUGCAAGAUCUCACCUCGUGGGGCAUCAAUGAUCAUGAGGAAGGUGAGGGAUCAGCCCAGAACUACACGGCAGGACCUGGUCAAUGACCUGAAGAGAGCUGGGACCACAGUCUCAAAGAAAACCAUUAGUAACACACUACGCCGUCAUGGAUUAAAAUCUUGCAGCGCACGCAAGGUCCCCCUGCUCAAGCCAGCGCAUGUCCAGGCCCGUCUGAAGUUUGCCAAUGACCAUCUGGAUGAUCCAGAGGAGGAAUGGGAGAAGGUCAUGUGGUCUGAUGAGACAAAAAUAUAGCUUUUUGGUCUAAACUCCACUCGCUGUGUUUGGAGGAAGAAGAAGGAUGAGUACAACCCCAAGAACACCAUCCCAACCAUGAAACAUGGAGGUGGAAACAUCAUUCUUUGGGGAUGCUUUUCUGCAAAGGGGACAGGACGACUGCACCAUAUUGAGGGGAGGAUGGAUGGGGCCAUGUAUCACGAGAUCUUGGCCAACAACCUCCUUCCCUCAGUAAGAGCAUUGAAGAUGGGUCGUGGCUGGGUGUUCCAGCAUGACAACGACCCGAAACACACAGCCAGGGCAACUAAGGAGUGGCUCCAUAAGAAACAUCUCAAGGUCCUGGAGUGGCCUAGCCAGUCUCCAGACCUGAACCCAAUAGAAAAUCUUUGGAGGGAGCUGACAGUCCGUAUUGCCCAGCGACAGCCCCGAAACCUGAAGGAUCUGGAGAAGGUCUGUAUGGAGGAGUGGGCCAAAAUCCCUGCUGCAGUGUGUGCAAACCUGGUCAAGACCUACAGGAAACGUAUGAUCUCUGUAAUUGCAAACAAAGGUUUCUGUACCAAAUAUUAAGUUCUGCUUUUCUGAUGUAUCAAAUACUUAUGUCAUGCAAUAAAAUGCAAAUUAAUUACUUAAAAAUCAUACAGUGUGAUUUUCUGGAUUUUUGUUUUAGAUUCCGUCUCUCACAGUUUAAAUGUACCUAUGAUAAAAAUUACAGACCUCUACAUGCUUUGUAAGUAGGAAAACCUGCAAAAUCGGCAGUGUAUCAAAUACUUGUUCUCCCCACUGUAUGUGAAACGUGAGAAAAUGUGAUUAUCAUGGUUAGCACACCCUGAUCAAUCAAUCAAUCAAAUUGUAUUUAUAAAGCCCUUUUUACAUCUAUACAGAAACCCAGCCUAAAACCCCAAACAGCAAGCAAUGCAGAUGUAGAAGCACGGUGGCUAGGAAAAACUCCCUAGAAAGGCAGAAACCUAGGAAGAAACCUAGAGAGGAACCAGGCUGUGAGGGGUGGCCAGUCUCCUUCUGGCUGUGCCAGGUGGAGAUUAUAACAGUACAUGGCCAUUAAGGCCAGAUUUUUCUCCAAGAUGUUCAAAUGUUCAUAGAUGACCAGCAGGGUCAAAUAAUAAUCACAGUGGUUGUAGAGGUUGCAACAGGUCAGUACAUCAGGAGUAAAUGUCACUUGGCUUUUUCAUAGCCGGGCAUUUAGAGGUUGAAAUAGCAGCUGCAGUAGAGAGAGAGAGUUGAAAACAGCAGGUCUGGGACAAAGUAGCACGUCCGGUGAACAGGUCAGAGUUCCAUAGCCGCAGGCAGAAGUGUGGAAACUGGAGCAGCAGCACGACCAGGUGGACUGGGGACAGCAAGGAGUCAUCAGGCCAGGUAGUCCUGAGGCAUGGUCCUAGGGCUCAGGUCCUCCAGGAUGGGAGGGAGAGAGAUUAGCUCAGUGAGUAAAGGAACUACACAGGCCAUGAUGGGUUAGCUGAAAAACAUUCUGCUCCACCUUGUAAUUUUUUUUUGUGUGACGUAAAUUCAGUCUUACCCUGGAUGUAACAUGGAAAAAGGGAAGUCCUUACUGUAUUGCCUCAGCCAAAAGCCUUGCCAAACUGUCAACUGUCAACUGCCAAACUCAACAUGAUUGUUCCACCCCCUAUUGUACCGCAGGUGAGGAAGCUGAUCAGUGAUUUUGCCAUCAUCCUGACUAUUGUCAUCUUCUGCGGUGUGGAUGCCUUUGUCGGAGUGGACACACCCAAGCUCAUCGUGCCAACUGAAUUCACAGUGAGUACCUAGGUGGAUUUCAGUAGUAUUGAGACGGGCCUUGUUCUGAAACUUUGAUCUUGUAUAGUGUCCACUAUCCUCUGUUUUGAUUUUGUUCUAUAGUGCACAGGUUCACACAUGCAUUCACUUUAGUGAUAAGGCUUUAAAUUCAAAUACAAGCAAAGAAGUAGGUAGUAUACUCUGGUCCAGGUUUUGAUUGAUAGAUUUAAAUGCUAUCGUUUUCUAGAAUUACCCAAGAGGGACUGGUGUAUCAAUCUGAUCUCCACCUGAACAAUGCUGCCUUUUCUUAGGCAGACAUAAAGUCUUUGUAAUCCUUGUCAUAAAGUAUUGUAUAAUCCAGUGUACUACGGCUGAGAUCCUGAAACUCAGACACAGAGCCAGUCACUGAGUUUAUUACCUUAUCUUAGUUUACCUUACCUCACUGGGGCCUAGGCUGUCUCGAAUGGUGGAGGGAGUGUGGGUGAGGAGGGGUGAAGUAUCGAGCAUGGGGGUUGGGGAGGGGAGAGAGGUUGGAUGGGGGUGAGGUGGGAGUGGAGGAAGAGGGGAGAUGAGGGGUGAGGUUGGGGGCGGGGUGAGGAAGGGUGAGAGGGAAUGUGGGGAGGGUUUGUGCAUCAAAUAACAAGGGGAUUUUAAGACAUGGGGAGAACACUGACGGCCUUAUGGUUGCAGAUAGACACAGCUUUGUGCGGCUGUUGAGAAAUUUCACAUAAUUUUUUUGGGGGGGUGUAAUGAUGUACCUCUCUAGGGCUCUAAGACUCUUAGUCAGUGUGUGGCAGAAUAAGGACUUUCUGUUUCAAUGAGGGAUAAUAUUUAUUUGAACGCUGAGGCUGUGGUUCCGAAGGUAACCACCCCGUUCUGCACCCAUCCCGCCCAACUGGAAGCCUCUUCCCCAGAGUAAAAAAUAUACGUAUCAUGUUCUGCGCAUGUGUUUCUUUACCUCUACUUUACGCACAAAUUUUUGUGGUCACCCUCCCUUCACAUUUCUCACUGUCAAUUGUGAGAACAGAUUAAGUAGCCUGUUCUCUGGGCAGCCGAACAGUAGAGUAGAGAAUCCCGCACAUGCGCAGAAGCUUCCGAUUUUUGGCUAUUGCGAAGAGGGUUCGGAAGAAUUCGGAAACUGCAGCCACUCAGUUUUUUAAAUGAAGGGAAACUUUUUUGGUUAUUUUCGGGGCAACCAUAGUAUAAAAUAUAUUCAAAUUCUUACUUUGAGUUAUUAUAUUGUUAUAAUAACAAAAUUAAAUGUCUAACAACACCCUGCAACCAUGAAUGUUUGCUUUGCAAGGAUGGUGUGUGUCUGUUGUCCUGUGUGUUUAUCCACCCUGACCUACUAUAUAUCUGACUGGCUGUGUCUCUCUGCUCCUGGUCCCCAGCCCACCAGCCCCAACCGUGGCUGGUUCGUGCCUCCAUUCGGAGGGAACCCCUGGUGGGUUUAUCUGGCAGCAGCCCUCCCUGCUCUCCUGGUCACCAUUCUGGUGUUCAUGGACCAGCAGAUCACCGCCGUCAUCGUGAACAGGAAGGAGCACAAACUCAAGGUGGGGGGAUGGCAGGCGGAAGGGAUGACUGGGCAAAGGGAGGGGUGGAUGGAGAGGUAGAGGAAGGGAGAAUGGAAAGGAUGGAAGGAAGGGAAAGGUGGAGGGAUGAAGGGCCACUGGGUCAGAGGGGUAAGGAGAGGAGAUAAGAUAAUGUCUUAAGAUAAGAGAAUGAGACACAGCAGUAGAGGGAAGAAAUGGGUUUAGGGGGUAGGUGAAGAGGGGUAGAGACUGAAAUGGGAGUUCUGGGGGUGUUUUUCAACACUUUGUAUUGGAUAUUACGUCAAUAGUAACUCGUUUUAGGAACUAGAUUCUGUUUCCUUGUGGUUAGUGGUUACUGACACACUUUCUCCUCUCCUGGUCCUCACAGAAAGGGGCAGGCUACCACUUGGACCUGUUCUGGGUAGCAAUACUACUGAUCGUGUGUUCCUUCAUGGGCCUGCCCUGGUACGUGGCUGCUACUGUCAUCUCCAUCGCCCACAUCGACUCUCUGAAGAUGGAGACCCAGUGCUCUGCCCCUGGGGAGCAACCUAAGUUCCUGGGUGUCAGGUGGGUGAGCAGGGAGGUGGGGAGGGAGUUGAGCGGGGAGGGAGGUGAGCGGGUAGGGAGGGGGGAGUUAAGGAGGGAGGUAAGUGAGGAGAGAGGGGAGGAAGAGUCAGUGGAGCGAAGAGAGCUAUCGGAGCAGAACGAUUCCUGGCUCUUUUACAUGCAGCCUACAAUGGCCUUAAUACAUGACAUUUUACAAUCCCAUAGCUAGCGCUCUAAAGUGCCGCCAAUUUGGUCGCAAAUGAGACAAAAUAUUUUGCUGUGUGACCAGUAGUUUUAUUUUGGGAGCACUGUGCCACUAGAAAAAACAUCUCCCAGAUAAUAGUAUAAUUGUUGUAAUAAUAAGGUUUCACUAUACCGUUGUUUCCGAGUGCCCUAGAGUAAAAAGGCAGAUUCGAUAGUGUGUAGCCUAGGCAGCCGUUUGUGGCCGCUAGAUUUGUCUAGGAUUGAUGUGCAAAAUACACUAGUGUCUCCUGUGGAACGUCUCGUACAUAAAGCAUCCUCCAUUCAGGCUGCGAAGGCAUCAUUUUCCUCCUUAACUAGCUUUAAUGGUGAGCCGACAUAAAAAAACAUGGAAAGAUAUGUGUACUGUCUUAAUAAAACAACAUUUCCUCUGACAACUUAGGAUGUUGCACACAGCGUUUAGCCAAGGGUGUGCAACGUCCUAAGUUGUCAGAAAAUACUAAAAUGGUUAAAAGAUUUGAGCCAUAUGGUGCAACAUUUUUACUUUCUUCCUAUAGCGGAUCGCCGAGACCGCAUUUUAUAUUCAUAAUUCAUAAACCAUGUCGUGGGCCAUUCUAAAACGACUUGCGUGUCAUUAACCAUUUGUUUACACUUAAGUCAAGUUACCUCAUUGGCUAGCUGGCUAACAACCUGGGAACUUUACCAGUAGGCCUAUAUCCAAACAUUUGGGGGCACAGAAAGGAAAAGGGAUGGCUUCUUCAGGAGACCAAUGAUCAUAGCAAUGAAUGAAUGAGAUCUCUUGCAUGUAGUCAUCACAAACCUGACGUUUUUAAAGAGAUAGUGUGCAAUUUUACACAAUGCUUUUACACAAUGUAGAAACCUAAUAUACGACAAAUAACUUUGUAAUUUCAAUGACAGGUAUUAGUAUAAACAUUUUAGCAUUUAUAAUAAACUAAUGUCUUUACAGUGUUACAUAUUUGUUUCUAGGGCACAACAUUUAAAAGUAGCUUUAAAAGUUGCUAGAAUUCAUAUAAUAAUAAUAAUAAUAAUAAUAAUAAUAAUAAUAAUAAUAAUAAUAAUAAUAAUAUAUUAUAAUAUAUAUAUAGGCCCAAUAUAGGAUUUAUUUCAAUCACGUUUUUUUUUUACAUCGUAUUUUCUGUUGCUGCUAAAUUUCAUGUGGUACUCCCAACUUUUAGAAGUUGGGAGCACCAGUGCUAAAAAAUAUUAAUUUAGAGCCCUUCCCAUAGCACUACAUGAACAUGUUGAAGUUAUUUGAUUGUCACAUCAGAACAGUGGUCAGUAGUUUGAACAGAAAAGUUAGAAAACUGACUGUGGUUGAUGUGGUGUCUGUGCAGUGUGAUAUGAACUAUGCUUUCUUACCUCAGAGAGCAGAGAGUGACCGGUGUCAUUGUCUUCGUUCUGACUGGACUGUCUGUCUUCAUGGCUCCCAUCCUCAAGGUAGCGCUUCAAACACAUGUUAAUUCCCUUUAAAUCUGCCUAUUCAUUUCCCUUAAAUCUAUAAUAAUAUAUGCCAUUUAGCAGACACUUUUAUCCAAGGUGACUUACAGUAGUACUUGCAUUAUCAUAUGUGUGGCCCCAGCGGGAAUCAAACCCACUAUCCUGGUGUUGCUCUAGCUACCCAUUAAGUCACACAGGACCACAAAUCUACCUGGUCAUUCCCUUUAAAUCUUACUGGAUUAAUGUCCUCCCCUUUAAGUGGAAAAUCCCAUCACUCAUUCAAAUUGUAAAUAAUGUGAAAUAUUGUAGUCAUCCAAUUAGUGAGUGACCUAAUUGAGGUGGUGACGUGAAAUAAGCAUGUUCAUCAUCGAGGCUCAGUUUGCAGCUCAGUGAGUAGGUUACUCAGGUUUCCGGUUCUCUUGUUAAUCUGACCAUCAUAUACAGCUCUGGAAAAAAUUAAGAGACCACUGCACAUUUUUAUUAAAUCAGCAUCUCUACAUAUAUGACAGCCAUUCCAUUCCAGUGUCUGUUGAAUUCCAACACAGGCACACCUUAUUCUACUGAAUUAGGUACUGAUUAGGUGAUCACCAGAACCAAAUCUUAUUUAACCAGGAAAUAUACAAACCACUGCUGUGGUCAUCACUAUCUUGCAAUAGGACCAGCUGGAUGGCAAAAACAGUGCUAAUAGUACAUCAAAAGUAAUAUUAAUCAAAAAAUAAAUAUUGACCAUGCCAAAAGAGUUGAAAAGGAAAGUUUUGAGUGAGCAAAAGAAGGGUUCAAUUCUGGCUUUACUGGCCGAGGGAUACAGUGAGCGUCAGGUUGCUUCCAUCCUUCAAAUUUCAAAGACGGCGGUUCAUAAGAACAAGGUCAAGCAGCAGACAUUGGGGAAAACAAAGCUGUUGAGGGCGAAAACUACUCUUUACUGACCGGGAUGACCGCCAACUCAUUCGAAUGUCACUCAACAACCGUAGGAUGACAUCAAGGGACCUACAAAAAUAAUGGCAAACGGCAGCUGGGGUGAAGUGCACGGCGAGGACGGUUCGAAACAGGCUCCUAGGGGCAGGGCUGAAGUCGUGCAAAGCUAGAAAAAAGCCCUUCAUCAAUGAGAAGCAAAGAAGAGCCAGGCUGAGGUUUGCAAAAUACCAUAAGGAUUGGACCAUAGAGGACUGGAGUAUGGUCAUCUUCUCUGAUGAGUCCAAUUUUCAGCUUUGCCCAACACCUGGUCGUCUAAUGGUUAGACGGAGACCUGGAGAGGCCUACAAGCCACAGUGUCUCGCACCCACUGUGAAAUUUGAUGGAGGAUCGGUGAUGAUCUGGGGGUGCUUCAGCAAGGCUGGAAUCGGGCAGAUUUGUCUUUGUGAAGGACGCAUGAAUCAAGCCAUGUACAAGGUUGUCCUUGAAGAAAAAUUUGCUUCCUUUUGCUCUGACAUUGUUCCCCAAGUCUGAGGAUUGGUUUUUCCAGCAGGACAAUGCGCCAUGUCACACAGCCAGGUCAAUCAAGGUGUGGAUGGAGGACCACCAGAUCAAGACCCUGUCAUGGCCAGCCCAAUCUCCAGACCUGAAACCCCAUUGAAAACUUCUGGAAUGUGAUCAAGAGGAAGAUGGAUGGUCACAAGCCAUCAAACAAAGCCGAGCUGUUUAAAUUUUUGCGCCAGGAGUGGCAUAAAGUCACACAACAUCAAAGUGAAAGACUGGUGGAGAGCAUGCCAAGACGCAUGAAAGUUGUGAUUGAAAAUCAGGGUUAUUCCACCAAAUAUUAAUUUCUGAACUCUUCCUAAGUUAAAACAUUAGUAUUGUGUUGUUUAAAAAUGAACAUAUUUUCUUUGCAUUAUUCGAGGUCUGACAACACUGCAUCUUUUUUGUUAUUUUGACCACUUGUCAUUUUGUGCAAAUAAAUGCUCUAAAUGACAAUAUUUGUAUUUGGAAUUUGGGAGAAAUGUUGUCAGUAGUUUAUAGAAUAAAACAAAAAUGUUAAUUUCAUCCAAACCCAUACCUAUAAAUAGUAAAACCAGAGAAACUUAUAUUUUUGCAGUGGUCUCUUAUUUUUUUCCAGAGCUGUAUAUAAAAGCUGUCAUUGUCCUUAGUGAGUGGGAAUGGUCCUCCCCCUUCUGGACACUUUAGGGUAGUAGAAAUGAUGAGAGGCCGCCUGAUCUUUAAAGGUCGUUUUUAACAAAUAGUGUUAGUUCCAUGUGCAUAUGUAUACAAAAUAGGAAUACUUAGAUGAAAACCUGCACACUGGCGAAAAUAGGAAGGAUCCAUAACUGAUGCUUAAAUGCAAAAAUAUAAAUUAUUUAUUUGGUCAUCAUGAUGCAAAAAGGUGCAUUAAAGAAAGGUGAAAAACUAAAUCUAAAUGUUUCGGCAGAAAUCACACCAUCAUCAGUGUAGUAGGUAGGCACCCACACCUGUCUUCUGUUUAAAGAAUAAUUACAUACGUCACAUGAUCAAGAAAGAAAAUCAGAAAACCUAUAAAUCAGUACCUAGUACAAUUGAAUGCAUGAUCUAUACAUUAUAUACAGUUGAAGUCUGAAGUUUACAUACACUUAGGUUGGAGUCAUUAAAACUUGUUUUUCAACCACUCCACAAAUUUGUUGUUAACAAACUAUAGUUUUGGCAAGUCGGUUCGGACAUCUACUUUGUGCAUGACACCAGUAAUUUUUCCAACAAGUGUUUACAGACAGAUUAUUUCACUUAUAAUUCACUGUAUCACAAUUCCAGUGGGUCAGAAGUUGACAUACACCAAGUUGACUGUGCCUUUAAACAGCUUGGAAAAUUCCAGAAAAUGAUGUCAUGGCUUUAGAAGCUUCUGAUAGGCUAAUUGACAUCAUUUGAGUCAAUUGGAGGUGUACCUGUGGAUGUAUUUCAAGGCCUACCUUCAAACUCAGUGCCUCUUUGCUUGACAUCAUGGGAAAAUCAAAAGAAAUCAGCCAAGACCUCAGAAAAAUUUGUAGAUCUCCACAAGUCUGGUUCAUCCUUGGGAGCAAUUUCCAAACGCCUGAAGGUACCAUGUUCAUCUGUACAAACAAUAGUACGCAAGUAUAAACACCAUGGGACCACGCAGCCGUCAUACCGCUCAGGAAGGAGACGCGUUCUGUCUCCUAGAGAUGAACAUACUUUGGUGCGAAAAGUGCAAAUCAAUCCCAGAACAACAGCAAAGGACCUUGUGAAGAUGCUGGAGGAAACAGGUACAAAAGUAUCUAUAUCCACAGUAAAAUGAGUCCUAUAUCGACAUAACCUGAAAGGCCGCUCAGCAAGUAAGAAGCCACUGCUCCAAAACCGCCAUAAAAAAGCCAGACUAUGGUUUGCAACUGCACAUGGGGACAAAGAUCGUACUUUUUUGAGAAAUGUCCUUUGGUCUGAUGAAACAAAAAUGUAAAUGUUUGGUCAUAAUGACCAUCGUUAUUUUUGGAGGAAAAAGGGGAACGCUUGCAAGCCGAAGAACACCAUCCCAACCAUGAAGCACGGGGGUGGCAGCAUCAUGCUGUGGGGGUGCUUUGCUGCAGGAGGGACUGGUGCACUUCACGAAAUAGAUGGCGUCAUGAGGAAGGAAAAUUAUGUGGAUAUAUUGAAGCAACAUCUCAAGACAUCAGUCAGGAAGUUAAAGCUUGGUCGCAAAUGGGUCUUCCAAAUGGACAAUGACCCCAAGCAUACUUCCAAAGUUGUGGCAAAAUGGCUUAAGGACAACAAAGUCAAGGUAUUGGAGUGGCCAUCACAAAGCCCUGACCUCAACCCUAUAGAAAAUGUGUGGGCAGAACUGAAAAAGCGUGUGCGAGCAAGUAGGCCUACAAACCUGACUCAGUUACACCAGCUCUGUCAGGAGAAAUGGGCCAAAAUUUACCCAACUUAUUGUGGGAAGCUUGUGGAAGGCUACCCGAAACGUUUGACCCAAGUUAAACAACUUAAAGGCAAUGCUACCAAAUAAACUCAGCAAAAAAAAGAAACGUCCCUUUUUCAGGACCCUGUCUUUCAAAAAUAAUUCAUAAAAAUCCAAAUAACUUCACAGAUCUUCAUUGUAAAGGGUUUAAACAUUGUUUCCCAUGCUUGCUCAAUGUACCAUAACCCAUACACAAAAAAAAAUAUUUAUGCACACAUGACUGUAAGUCGCUUUGGAUAAAAGCGUCUGCUAAAUGGCAUAUUAUAUUAUUUAUUAAUGAGCAUGCACCUGUGGAACGGUCGUUAAGACACUAACAGCUUACAGACGGUAGGCAAUUAAGGUCACAGUUAUGAAAGAGGCCUUUGUACUGACUCUGAAAAACGCCAAAAGAAAGAUGCCAAGGGUCCCUGCUCAUCUGCGUGAACGUGCCUUAGGCAUGCUGCAAGGAGGCAUGAGGACUGCAGAUGUGGCCAGGGCAAUAAAUUGCAAUGUCCGUACUGUGAGACGCCUAAGACAGCGCUACAGGGAGACAGGACAGACAGCUGAUCAUCCUCGCAAUGGCACACCAUGUGUAACAACACCUGCACAGGAUCGGUACAUCCGAACAUCACACCUGCGGGACAGGUACAGGAUGGCAACAACAACUGCCCGAGUUACACCAGGAAUACACAAUCCCUCCAUCAGUGCUCAGACUGUCCGCAAUAGGCUGAGAGAGGCUGGAUUGAGUGCUUGUAGGCCUGUUGUAAGGCAGGUCCUCACCAGACAUCACCGGCAACAACGUUGCCUAUGGACACUAACCCACCGUCGUUGGACCAGACAGGACUGGCAAAAAGUGCUCUUCACUGACGAGUCGCGGUUUUGUCUCACCAGGGGUGAUGGUCGGAUUCGCGUUUAUCGUCGAAGGAAUGAGCGUUACACUGAGGCCUGUACUCUGGAGUGGGAUCGAUUUGGAGGUGGAGGGUCCGUCAUGGUCUGGGGCGGUGUGUCACAGUAUCAUCGGACUGAGCUUGUUGUCAUUGCAGGCAAUCUCAACGCUGUGCAUUACAGGGAAAACAUCCUCCUCCCUCAUGUGGUACCCUUCCUGCAGGCUCAUCCUGACAUGACCCUCCAGCAUGACAAUGCCACCAGCCAUACUGCUCAUUCUGUGCGUGAUUUCCUGCAAGACAGGAAUGUCAGUGUUCUGCCAUGGCCAGCGAAGAGCCCGGAUCUCAAUCCCACUGAGCAUGUCUGGGACCUGUUGGAUCGGAGGGUGAGGGCUAGGGCCAUUCCCCCCAGAAAUGUCUGGGAACUUGCAGGUGCCUUGGUGGAAGAUUGGGGUAACAUCUCACAGCAAGAACUGACAAAUCUGGUGCAGUCCAUGAGGAGGAGAUGCACUGCAGUACUUAAUGCAGCUGGUGGCCACACCAGAUACUGACUGUUACUUUUGAUUUUGACCCCCCCUUUGUUCAGGGACACAUUAUUCAAUUUCUGUUAGUCAAAAGUCUGUGGAACUUGUUCAGUUUAUGUCUCAGUUGUUGAAUCUUGUUAUGUUCAUACAAAUAUUUACACGUGUUAAGUUUGCUGAAAAUAAACACAGUUGACAGUGAGGACGUUUCUUUUUUUGCUGAGUUUACUAAUUGAGUGUAUGUAAACUUCUGACCCACUGGGAAUGUGAUGAAAUAAAUAAAAGCUGAAAUAAAUCAUUCUCUCUACUAUUAUUCUGAUAUUUCACAUUCUUAAAAUAAAGUGGUGAUCCUAACUGACCUAAGACAGGGAAUUUUUACUAGGAUUAAAUGUCAGGAAUUGUGAAAACUGAGUUGAAAUGUAUUUGGCUAAGGUGUAUGUAAACUUCCGACUUCAACUGUAUAUGAUUAGCGGACAGAGAAACAUAAUAAAUUAUUACGUCACAUAUAUCAUGUGAACAUUUCAUCAGAAUAAAGAACACAUUAAAUAAUGGGUCAACAAGACCAGAAUACAGAGCUAGAGACAAUAGACUACUACCUGGGGGAUCUCUCUUUAGGGUAGUGACAUCUCUAUCUCUAAUGAAGAUGAGAUCUUAGGCUUCUACUCUAGUAGACUCUAGUAACAACUAACAACACAUUCUAUCAGAUCUGUCCAUAGGUCAGCCACAUGACAGGUCGACUCUAGUAACAGCACAUUCUAGUAACGCCAGAUAAGGUGCUUAGGCCAUGUCAACAGACUGCUAUUUUAGGCUGGUUCUGACUGUAAACACAUUGAUCACCUUCUACGUAGAAUAAAUGAGUGUGUUGUUUUGUUAUACAACACGUUAUUUAGUAGAAGCUAACAACAUACACCAAGAAGGUUAACGAGGUACAGACUAUAUAAACUUGCAAAAACAAAGAAGGUAGCACACCCUAUCUAUCCCAGUGAUUAAUUGGAGAGCCAACAAUGCAACGUCAUCAAAAGUUAAGUCUCUCACUGUUGUUAUUGAAAACAGGGUUAACCCUAACUUCAUAUCAGCCCUAAAAAAUAGUAAAAGGGUGGAAUACAGUUUGUUGGUUGGUUGUUAUUUCUGUAGAAAUACAGCCUCUAUUACCUUUCUCUCAUUCACCCAUUCCUGUUCUCUCUUCCCAGUUCAUCCCUAUGCCUGUGCUCUAUGGCGUGUUCCUCUACAUGGGCGUGGCAUCUCUCAACGGUGUCCAGGUGAGUGACUCUGACCCAAAAUGGAUUCUGAAAUUCUAGGCGUGUUAGUGAUAUUAGUCCACCGCUAACCAACAUGGUACACCAGUCGCAUCCACUCCCAUGUAUCUGGGCCUUACCUCUGUACAACUUUAAGUCAAAGAACACUCAGAUAGAGCAUAAAUGGAGUCUGUAACUCUGUGCCUGUAAGUUAUAUUAGUCCAUCAAUAAUAUUGUCUGCGAUGCCAGUCGCAUCCCCACCCCAUGUAUCCUGGCCUUACUUCUGUGCGACUGUGUCUGUCCAUCAGUUCUUGGACCGGCUGCAGCUGCUCCUGAUGCCAGCCAAGCACCAGCCUGACCUGAUAUACCUGCGCCAUGUUCCCCAACGUCGUAUCCACCUGUUCACCUUCAUCCAGGCCCUCUGCCUUGCCCUCCUCUGGGUCCUCAAGUCCACCGUCGCUGCAAUCAUCUUCCCUGUCAUGGUAAGACUUAAGCAUGCAACACACAUGCACACACACACACACAAAUCACAUGUUAUUUGUCACAUGCGCUGAAUAGAAUGGCUGUAGAGUAGACUUAACCGUGAUAUUCUUGCUUACGAGCCCUUCCCAACGAUGCAGUUAAACAGUUAAAAUACAAAUAGUAACACCAGGAAUAAAAUCCACAAGAAUGGAGCUACAGUUGAAGUCGGAAGUUUACAUACACCUUAGCCAAAUACAUUUAAACUCAGUUUUUCACAAUUCCUGACAUUUAAUCCUAGUAAAAAUUCCCUGUUUUAGGUCAGUUAGGAUCACCACUUUAUUUUAAGAACGUGAAAUAAAUAAUAAUAGUAGAUAGAAUGAUUUAUUUCAGCUUUUAUUUCUUUCAUCAUAUUCCCAGUAGGUCAGAAGUUUACAUACACUCAAUUAGUAUUUGGUAGCAUUGCCUUUAAAUUGAUUAACUUGGGUCAAACGUUUUGGGUAGCCUUCCACAAGCUUCCCACAAUAAGUUGGGUGAAUUUUGGCCCAUUUCUCCUGACAGAGCUGGUGUAACUGAGUCAGGUUUGUAGGCCUCCUAGCUCACACAUGCUUUUUUUUUCUUCUUAACUGCAUUGUUGGUUAAGGGCUUGUAAGUAAGCGUUUCACUGUAAGGUCUACACCUGUUGUAUUCGGCGCAUGUGGCAAAUAAAAUUUUAUUUGAUUUGAAUCCGUUAUCGUCUGCAAGCCCUGCCACAUACGUUGAGCAUCAGAGCUGGUGUAAUAGGAUUCCACCUUCCUUCUAUAUUGUCCUUUUGCAUGUUUGAUGUCUCAUCUGAGGUCGUAGCAGGCUUUCUUUGUAUGCGUCCAUGUCAGUGUCCUCUUUCUUGUAAGCGGUAGCUCUAGCCUUUAACCCAGCGAGGAUAAUGCCUGUAAUCCAUGUUUUUUGGUUUGGAUACGUUCGUGUAGUCACUGUGAGGAUGACAUCGUCUAUGCACUUAUUGAUGAAGCCCGUGAGUGAUGUGGUAAACUCCUAAAUGCUAUUGGAUGAAUCCUGGAACAUAUCCCAGUCUGUACUCCCAGUCUUGUAGCCUCGCGUCUGCUUCAUCGGAUCACUUACGUAAUGAGCGCGUCAGUGGUACUUCCUGUUUGAGCUUUUGUUUGUAAACAAGAAGCAGGAGAAUAGAGUCAUGGUCAGAUUUGCCGAAGGGAGGGUGAAGGAGGGCCUUAUUUUUUAAUUUUUUAUUUUAUUUCACCUUUAUUUAACCAGGUAAACCAGUUGAGAACAGGUUCUCAUUUACAACUGCGACCUGGCCAAGAUAAAGCAAAGCAGUGCAAUAAAAACAACACAGAGUUACAUAUGGGGUAAAAAAACAUAAAGUCAAAAAUACAACAGAAAAUAUAUAUACAGUGUGUGCAAAUGUAGCAAGUUAUGGAGGUAAGGCAAUAAAUAGGCUAUAUAUGCGUUUCUGUGGGUAGAAUAAACGUGGUCUAGAGUUUUAGUGCCCCUAGACACAUACAAAUGCAUGCACAGACACACACUCACAGGUACGUGUGUGACAGUCCAACAUACACACACAAACAUGCAAGUAAGUACACCUACAAGAUGAAAUGUACCAAGGAGCCAAGAAUACACAUUCACUUAAACAGUGUGGAGCAGACACAAACACACAAUGCAUCCAGCCACAUACCCACCAACACAGUAUAUAGUAGCCAUUAUCAAUCUCCACUGAUGCGUCUGUGUCCGUCUCUCCAGAUCUUGGCCCUGGUGGCGGUCAGAAAGGCCAUGGACUACAUCUUCUCCCAGCACGACCUCGGCUAUCUGGAUGACGUCAUCCCAGAGAAAGACAAGAAGAAGAAAGAGGAGGAUGAAAAGAGGAAGAAGAAACAGAAGAAAGGAAGCAUUGACAGUGAAAUCGAUUUUGUAAGUAAUUUUGAGGCUUUAUUGAAAGCGGAUCAGUCUGCUUGAUUUCAUGUGUUUCCCCCAAGGGAUCUACCUUGUAGCAGUAGUAGUAGUAGUAGUAGUAGUAGUAGUAGUAGUAGCAAUGUAGUAGUAGUAGUAGUAGCAAUGUAGUAGUAGUAGUAGUAGUAGUAGUAGUAGUAGUAGUAGUAGUAGCAAUAUAGUACUAGUAUGUUACUUUUUGUAGAACACUAGCACGUUUAACUCAUGACCUGUCCUCCCUCCUAACAGUCACACCACUCCUCCUAUCCGAAACUAUCCCUUCUGUGAACACUGUUCUCCAAAUGAGAACUGGCUAGCACUUUAUGUUACGGUACUGAAAUGAACACUGUCUGUCUGUCUGUCUGAGCACUGUCUUUUCUUACAGACAUACAUACGGUACAGAUAUGACCAGGUAUUUGUGUAGAAACUACAUUGUAAAAUGGUAAUUACACAGCAUGGAUGACAUUAUGAAUUACUUGUUUGUUUCUUUAAACGGAGCACCACUGGACACCAUUACAGUAGAUACAUGGGUCGUAUUCAUUAGGUACCAAACAGAAGAAAACGCAAUGAAACAGGGAGGGACUACCUGAACUUAUGAGAAACACCCAUUUUGGUUUUCCAUUGCAAAAUGAUUUGCUACAGUGUGCCCUAAUGAAUAUGACCCAGGUAGUUAGUUGCCAUUAUGUGAAAUGAGUUGAAGUAGGUAGCAGAAAGUAUAGCCCUUGUUAUUCUCUCCCUCCAGCCCCCUGAGUACCCCUACAAUGACAAAAUCCCCAGUAUUAAAAUCUCCAUGGAUAUAAUGGAGACGGAGCCCAUGUUGGGGGAUAAGGAUAAGGCCUCGGACAGUGAGUACAACAAGACUGCAUGGGGUCUCGUACCCACAACCGCACGGGGCUUAGAGCCUCUUUACAAUACACUUCUUUGACGACACAUACUAGUUCCACAACACAUAUUUUGUGGUGUAAAGAGACGGAUCUAGAUUCAAAUUUCUUUCCCAAGCCACCUCUUUAGGUAGUGUGGGACACUUCUACACCACAUACCCCCCUCUAAGUGGUAUAGUGUAAAGACAAUGAGAUAAUCUCAAUUGCAUACUCCUCGCCUCCUUCUCGAAACCCAUUAGAUGAGAAAGGCGGAGGUCUGUCCCCUCUGAUCUUCUUCUCCAAUGGGUUUUGAGAAGGAGGCAAAGAGAGAGGGCGAGAUUCUCCUAAUGGCUCUCUGACGCUACAUGCCCCCUGCAAUAAUUACCAUUAUACCAGUAGAGUAGACAGCAUUUCUGUUGUUAGCCAAGACUUUUAAAAUGUCCACACAUUUAUGAAUCUUUUCAUUAAUCAAGUGUGCCACAGUAUGUGCAAUAUGGUUUAGAUGACAAACUCCUGUAUAGUUUGAAUAGCUAUACUUAUUUUGUUUGUCUAUGUACUGUGUAUUUACGGUAUGCUAAUAGCUGCACACAUGGGUAAAGUAAGGAUAGUGUAAACAGGGAAGUUGUACAUCUGUGGUGAAGAGAGGUAGAUCUUACUACACAUAUUUGAGGUAUUAUGUGUAAAAGCAGCCUUAAUGAGUGCUGCUAAGGCCUGUUUCUCUUACCUUCUUGCCUCCUUCCCCCUCUCUCUCUGUCUCGGUCUCUCUCUGUCUCACUCUCUGUCUUUUCUUCUCUAUCUGUUUAUAAAUAUCUCUCUCUCUGUCUCUCUUCUCCCUCUUCCCCUUUGUGAAGCACUAAUCUCAUCUUUGAGUCUUGAUCAGAUCUCUCGCUUUUCUCUGACUGCAGACAUCCAGCUUUAUUCUGCAAACUAACGCAGAUGAGCUUACUUUUUGAAUCCUUUCUCAUUGUUCUAUUUUCAGCUGCUUUUACGAAGGCUUAAUUAGCAGCUGCUUCUACUGUGAAACAUCAUGGCUUUGCAAUGCUUGCUCUAAUUUUCCUCUUUUGCUGGACCUGGUCUGAAUUAUGAGAGUGAGUAUUUAAGUGGCUAAAACAUGUUAAUGUUGCGUGUGUUUGGUCUUCUCUCUUAGGACCCCCGUCGUCUUUCCGUGACCCACACUCACCGUGCUGAGAACUACUUUGAGCCCACUACUGUAGCAAGGUAAUUGUGUGAGUGAGCCUGCGUGUUUGCCUUAUUGUAUACCCACACCAUGAUUAUAUAGUGUGACAAUCAAUCAAAGAGUACAGCUUGUCAUUUUAAUGUUGUAACUUUGCUGUCCCUGGUUGUUCAAUCUCUUUACCUUCUCUCUGUCUCCUCUCUUUCUCUCUCCUUCCCUCCCCUCUCUCCCUCCCCUCCCGUCCCCUCCCUCCCCCCUCCUCCCCUCCUCCCCUCCCUCCCCUCCCUCCCCCCCCUCCUCCCCUCCCUCCCCUCCCUCCCCCUUACCCCUUCCCCAUCCCCCCUCCCCCAUCCCCCCUCCCCCAUCCCCCCUCCCCCAUCCCCUCCUCCCCUCUCCCCUCUCUCUCCCUCCCUCCCCUCUCUCUCCCUCCCCUCUCUCUCCCUCCCCUCUCCCCUCUCUCUCCCUCCCUGCCCUCUCCCUCCCUCCCUCCCCUCUCCCCUCUCUCUCUCCCCUCUCCCCUCUCUCUCUCUCCCUCCCUCCCCUCUCCCUCUCCCUCCCCUCUCCCCUCUCCUCUCCCCUCUCUCUCCCCUCUCUUUCUCUCUCUUUCAGUCUGAAUCUAUUGAAAAAAAGCUGUGCCUCAGAUUAGGAUCAACCUGGCGUAAGAAGGACAACGGCUUCUUCUGGAAAAACUAG